GGGAGGAGGGAGGGAAAGAGAGAGACGCCGCUCCUUCUCCCUCAGUGGCUCCAGAGACGCCUCAGCGGGGCGAGACGCGACCGUUUGCCGCCCGCCCGCGUCGAGUCUCUCUUCUCUCUCCCACCCACCACCCACCCCUUUCUGGGUUGUGUGAGGGAGGGAAAUAAAGACGGAAGCGGCGGCUUGAGGAGGGGAAAGAGAGAGAGGAGGGGAGGGGGGAAACCCUCACAAGAUAUAUAUGUAUAUAUACAAAAGCAGUUGGGCUUCGUUGAAGCGCCGCCGCCGCGCCCUCCUCCUCCCCUCAGCGACGGCGACAAAAGCCGGCUUCGCCUGAGGUGAACGAAGAAAGGCGGAGGUGGGGCUCGAGCGCCGCUGAGGGAAAAGCGGACGGUUCAGCUCAGUCAGUCGCGGCGGCGGCUCUCGCUGCUACUGCCGCCGCCGCCGCCGCCGAGCUCGCUCCUGCCCAAGACCGCUCGCUCACUCGCCGCCUCAGCCGCCGCUUCCUGCUCGGCCACACGAUGCCGCGGGUCGUCCCGGACCAGCGCAGCAAGUUCGAGAACGAGGAGUUCUUCAGGAAGCUGAGCCGAGAGUGCGAGGUGAGGGAGGGAGGGAGGGAGAGAGCGCGGGGCGGAAGUGAAGCAGGGAGACCGAGGGGGAGAGAGAGACGCAGGGCGACUCCGUGCCCAGCGGGCAGCCGGCCUCUGGCGGAGUCCGCCGGCAGGGGAGAGAGCAGGGAGCGGGAGGAAGGAGACGGGCAGGCGCCGCUGCUUCUCCGCCGGAGAGGCGGGGGGAGGGAAGGCGGCGGCGGAGAGGAAGGAGGAAACUUCGCGCCGGCGAUGGCAGCGCUCUGCUGUCCUGCUGUGGAGUUGCUCUCAGAGAGGGGCGCGGGGUGGGUCGGUGGGUGGGAGUUUAAUAUCUCAGGCAGGGUUUUAAAACAAAACAAAAAAACACACACAAAAACGCAAAACUUGGUGUUAGUUAUGGGAUGAUGGGGGCUCCUCGUGGCUUGCACACGUUGGUGCCCACUUAAUCCAGAUUUAUCCUUCAAAGGAGUGGAAUCUGAUAAAUCGAAGAAGAAAACUUGUUGCCCAGGUCCCCUCUUUGAUAACUGAGUGACCCGUUUUGCAAUGGUUACCCCUCUCUAGAACCACCCACCCACCCACUCUUUUUUUAAAGAGAAGUUACAGCCCGGUGAAAGAGGAGAGAGGUGACAUUUUGAUGCCAACGGCGUCGUGUGGAUGCUGUGAAAAACCUGCGUGCGUGAGCGUUGUUCCCACAAUAAGUACCCGUUUGGAAGCACCCUUGGGGAGAGAAGCCACUCCCCAGGCAGCCCAACGCAUUAUUAUUGUGUCGUUUAAAAUGUUUUUCUUUUUUCUUUUUUAAAAGCCCAGUUUUCAGAAUACGCUGCCAUCACAAGGUGAUUUACAAGACUUAAUACACACUUUAAUUACACUUAAUUAAUUCAGUUUUUUAAGUAAAUAAAAAACCUCACUUUUCAAUGGCUGGAGAUACUGUACUCCCAGAGCAGUUUACAAAUGUCAGUGAUAGAACAGUCGCUGCCCUCAGGCUUAUAAUCUAAAAGAAGCAAUCCAAAAGGAAAAGGAAUUGAAAGGGAGGAGGAGGGGGGAAAGAAGAAAAUACAUGAAAGCAACUUUACUUUGGUAAAGAAGCAACAUCAGCCUCCCACCCCCAAGUAACAGUACUAUUGAACCAAACACAGGCUUGACUGAAAGUUCCUUCAGAUUAUUAUUGGAUUUUUUUAUAGUAGUAGCAAUACCUUUUCAGUAUUGCCUUUUGGAGGCAGUUCCAAAGAUAGAGCCAACACUGAGAAAAACCUAUCUAUCCCUGGUACUUUGGAGCAACCGACAACAGCAACUAGGGUUUUCCAAUGAGUAUGUAGCAGGAAUGCUGCCCCAACCCUAGAAAGGUCUAGGAUCACAUGCUUCAGGGUGGUGUGUGGUUACUGAACCCUGUUCAGGUUGCAUGGGAAAGGGAGCGCUUACUUCCAAGUAAGCAGAAGGCAGGGAAAUGCAGUCCUAUAUCUGUUAAGGCAAAGACCUCCUAUACAGCCAAUACAUCAGAAUGGGGAUUACUACCAAAUAAAGAUACUAAAAGUCCUUAUUGGGGUUAGUGUGUGUGUGUGUGUGUGUGUGUGUGUGUGUGUGUGUGUGUGUCUGCUCUUCCUAACAUCACUGGGGCACCCAGACUGGCCCUUCUUAUCCUCUGCUCCACACCAAAAGGAAAAAGUGACCUCUAUUCUCCUGCCACCCGCUUAACAAUGUGUAGUGUAUUAUAUACCCUGCUUGUUCUUCGUAAUUGAUUAGGUGAUAAUAAUGACUUGAAUUCUGUUGCUAAUAUGGGUUACUAGCCACACAUAAGUAUGUGCUGAAAAAGAAUGGGAAGUUGUUCUUUGGACAGACUGGUGUAUAUUAUCAGAUUGUGACAAUGUAGUUACAACUUCUUUCACAUAAGCGAUGUUGAACAUUUGUUGUCCAAAGCAUGUAGUGAAAGAAGAAAAUGAAAUCCACUGCUGUUAAGUUGCCCUGGUUUUGAGUGCAGGGGUGUCGACAUGGAGGAGUUUAACAAUUCAUAUGAUUGUGCAGCUGCCAUAGGAUGCUAUCUCUUUUGUACUCUUUUGUCCAAGGAAAAUAUUUUUUUUGGGGGGAAGGAUCACAUGCAUUUUUAUGUCCCUAAUCACCUUUUCACACAAAUAUGUGGUUAAAUAGUACUUUUAUGCCCCUUACAAUGUAUGCUUAUGUUAGGUAAAAUAUGAAAUUAUAAUCCUUGUGUUGAUGGGUGUGGGUACAUGCAUGUAGAACAGGGCAAAACAGUAGUUAUUCCAGACUGAUUAAUUUUGGCUAAAGAUUAAUAACCUUGCAUAGGAUGGUUGCAGUGGACAUUGGAUAGCUCAAAUAUUUCAGACUUUUUGUUUCCCUAUAGCAAAUGUGUUCAGUGCUAAUUAGUUGGGGAUACUGACUUUUUUCAUUUGAGAGGGGUAUUGUUUUUAACAUUUUAAAGGAGAAAACUGGAGCGAACUCCUGUGUUGACUUAUACAAUACUCAUUAGCAUGGGAUCUUGUGAACAUGUUCCAUAUUCAGCGGUGGAGGGACUUCCUGAAUUUGGAGCACAUGUGGCAGCUCUUUAUUUCCCCUUUCUCAUUAUGUGCUCAUAGUGUCCGUAUCUGGCAUUUAUUGCAUCAGAUGCUACUAAUGCCAUUAAAACUAGAAGAUCGGCUUCCAAUUUCUAGGCUGGAGUAGUUCACACAUACAAACCCUUUAAUUUCUGCUGCUGUAUUUUCUCUUUUCCUUCCUUCUGCCCCAAAACUGAAUGGUAAAUUCUGUGCUGGAUUGUGCAUUCUCUUUUGUCUUGCUUUCCAUUUGCUGCUGCAUCUAUGCAUCAUGAUAAUUCUUUAUACAUAAGUUCUUAACCCGAGGUACCACUGUAUACAUCCACAUUUGCAUUGUUUUCUUAUAUAUAAUAUGCAGUUCACACAGAAGUUGCAGGAUCUGAGUGCAGCUCCACUAAUUAUUGUAAUCUUGUUAAAGUGCUUGGAAGUGCACACUGCAGUUUUGUUUUUCUUUCCUUUUUAGAUGCAAACUAAUUGUGAAAUAUUUAGUGCCUCUCCACCAUGGGCAUUCUUUACACACAUGUUCAUGGUGUUGUCGAGUCAGCUGUCCUCUUUGUGCCUUCUGUCCUUUCUGUGGAGAUGUUGAACUUACAUGUUUAAUGGUCAAUACAUCCUAUCCCAAGUACUGAAUUUUUAGAAGAGACUUUGUUUCAUUCUUUGCCUGCUGCAUGAACAAUGUUGACAUCUCUCUUCCCAAUAACAUUUCCUUGUUUGUCCUUUUCCAUUUUAUUGUCUAUGAAUAUUUUGCUCUUAGCACUUUUAUUCAAAGGUGGGCAAAUACAAAGCUGGGGAUCAUAGUGUGACUUUUAAAAUAAUGUCUGAAGAUGAAUUGUGUACAGAAGUAUUUCUUGGGGAGGAGAGACCCUCUUCUCAGCCUCUCUGGAAGUAGAAUAUUGUAUUCAAUUUGUAUCUGUGUAGGCUUGCCCUUAUCUCUUUCCUGGCAUUGUAGAGAAGGCAGGAUUCAGGUUUUGAUUUGGCUUGUGCUUAUUGCAGAUUAAAUACACUGGCUUCAGGGACAGACCACAUGAAGAAAGACAGGCCAGGUUUCAGAAUGCGUGCCGAGAUGGACGGUCUGAGAUAGUAAGUAUAUAUGCAUGGAUCUAUACAUUGGUGAAGUUUACUUAUGUGUCUUCCACUCCUCUGCUCUGGUCAUCUUGGAGUAACAGCUAGUCUCACCUUAAAAAAGCAUAAACUGUUUAGAUCCAAUUUUCUUAUGCUAGCAAGCCAGAAUGAAAUAAGUGGUCUGAGCUGCUAGGACUUACAGAAGGGGAAAACCCCUAUUUUCUGCUGUCUUCAAAAAUGUAUGGGAAUUUGGGAAGUACAGACUAGAUGGCUAAAGCCUAGAUCUAGACUGUAAAAUGUUAUUUGUUCACAUAUGGUCAUUGUCCAUGGCACUUUCAAGACCGUUGGUCAUUCCAUUUCAGAAAGGCUUUCGUCCUGGCUGUUUGAGAGUGAAAAUAAAAUUGACUAGACUUCCUUAUUUCUUUAAAUUGCAGGUUUAUCAAUUGUUUUUAGAUAUAAAAUGCCUCAAAUUACUAGGUGCUGUACAAUAAAUUUUGAAAAAGAGAAUUCUGUACCUACAGACUUACAAGCUAAUUUUAAUAAAGUAGGAAUUAGUGUAAAAAGUGCAUAGAAAUAGAAUAUCCUGUGUGCUUAAAGGUUUCAUACUCUACAUUUAUAUAUACUCACUAAUGGCUAUCUCAGCAGGAACAUUUAAGUACUGCUGUGCGUGAAUACUAAGAGCUGUUAAGAGAGAAACUCUUGUCUAUCAGUAUUUAGCAUGCAGCUAAAUACAAAAAGCUUUUUGGUGGUGGAAAACAGCAACAAUCAUAUUUACCAAUUUAGUUGUAUUUUGUAUUAGGUUUUACAGCUAAAAAUAUUCCUUUUGUGAGCUUGGUUGUAUUAAAAGCUAAUUCUUCAUGUUUUAAAAUUGUGUUAUACAAGGGAGUAGGUUACUUGCUUAUAUCAUUGCACUGUGGAAUUUUGAUGUAUUAAAACUGCCUAGAACUUAGUUUUACUUUACUACUUUCUUUUUUCUCUCCCCCUCCCCCCUUUUUAGUUUCUACUUAUUUCUUCAAUGAGACCUGUGUGCUCACUACCCACUACUGGCUGAUUUUGUGCAGUGUUCAUUUUCUUGAAUUAUGGCACUUAAAAUAUGACAUUUUUGUAUCCACCAUUGUUUUUAUGUGUAAUGAAAUUGGUAGAGAAAGUUCCAUGUUUGAAGGCUGGGGUAUGGUAGGCAAUAAGCACAUGUGUUGUACUUGUUCUUCAUAAUAAGACAGCAUACCCUUUAGGAGUUGUGGCUGCUGGGUCUGCUGCUGUGGACCUAUGAUUUUAAGUUCAUAAAUGGUCACAAUUAUCCUAGCUUGUGCAGUGCUACUGUUCAAACAGCAAUAUGAUUUUUCUUUUCAGUUUGACAGAAACAUUCCCAUUGUAGCUGGUUCUUAUGAGCCCCAUCUGUUGUAACAAAAAAAGUAGAUAGUUGCCUUAUAGAGAAAUUGCAUUGAUCUGAAUCCUCUGAUUUUUGUCCUGAACAUGUUGCCUGUCUUUUUAGAUCUCACAUUGGAUGUGUUUGGAUGUUGCAAUAAACCAUUGCUUAUUGUGAUGGGGAUGAGCCUGGGAAAGAUCAUGCACUUCCCCUCCUCUUAGUGCCUUUGCUGUAGUUGCAAGGAGGAAGCUUUUGUUUCCAUUUUUAUUAACUGCAAGUCACCAUUUUGUCAACACUCAACAAACUGUGGUUAGUCUUAACUAUAGUUUGUUAGAACCAAACCAACUUCAAAUCUUAGUUUAGGGUUUUGGAUGAGAUGAUAAACUGUAUAUAACCAAAAAAUGAAAGUAAAAGCUGAUCUCCUUAUGACUGCGUUGGAAGAGAAUUGGGAGAGGUGGAGUGUGCAAACCAGAGGCUUAUGUACACGUGUUCCUGUCACAAUAAACCAUUGUUAUAGUAACAUCUGGUUUAUUGUGAUGUCCAAAUAUAGCCGUUAUAUUAUUUUAAUGGUGAAAACUAACAAGUAGAAAAUGCUUGACACUCAUUCAGACUUAACAAUUAAUUAAUUAAAUUUCUAAACACCUUUCAUCCAAGAACCACAGGGUGGAUUGCAAUAUAAAAACACAAAAAAUAGAUAACAUAAUAACAAGCAAAAAACAAACAUAUUUUGCUCUUGAAUACCACAUUGUUGGUCAAGCAUGUUAAAUUUUGCAUAGAGUUCCAUUUAAAAAAUAUAUAUCAGACUCUGCAAAAGCAAAUAGUUAACAUUCCUAGGUUUGCUGUACAUUAAAAUUACCUCUCACCAUAAGCAGGAAGCUUUAUAUUUUAUGAUAUCCUUAAAGUUCAUGUGAAGCAGCCUUCUGUAACCUGGUACCCUCCAAAUAUUUUGAACUACAACUCAAGUCAACCCCAGUCAUUAUCGGCCAUAGUUGGGGUGAAGGGUGAUGUAGUUGAAAAAAUCUGGAGGGUAACAGGUUGCAGAAGGCUGCAUUACAUCAAAAUGAAACUCACUUAUUUUUAUAACAUAUCCCCAAAGCCACAUAAAAUUCUUCAUGUGAUAGCUAAAGUAAAAUUAUACAGUAGAUUAGUUUUAUAAUCUGCUCUAACAAUAUUCAUAAUACCUAGUACAAUUGCUCAUUGGUUCUCAUGAUAGUCAUAUUUAUUUAAAAGUGUAUUCAUAUACCGUAUUUAAUCCAAAGGUCUCAGUGUGUGCAACACAAGUUAAAUAAGUUAAAUGUGAGUAUAAUAAUCUCAGUAAAAACACAAUAUAUCAAACAAUAUUCAGUUCAAUGACCUCCAAAUGAUUACAUAAAAAGCUAUGACUAGGCCCUGAGCGUUAUUUUGUGGAAGUACUAAAGAUGAUGGCUGAUGGACCAAAGAGUGUUGCAUUAAUUAGGAGUGAUCACCAUCACUAUUAUAUAAUAACUGUGACCUACUCUUGAGCAAAUUCUGCCAUUGCCAUCAGUCAAGCUUAUGCAUGAUACGUCUAUUCGAAGCUUCCACAGAAACCUAAGGCAGCAACUAGUUUUUUAAUAAGAUUGUAAGGGUAGAUGCUCCUGCCAACCUAGCAGUUCAAAAGCACGUCAAAGUGCAAGUAGAUAAAUAGGUACCGCUCCAGUGGGAAGGUAAACGGCGUUUCCGUGCGCUGCUCUGGUUCGCCAGAAGCAGCUUAGUCAUGCUGGCCACAUGACCCGGAAGCUGUAAGCCGACUCCCUUGGCCAAUAAAGCGAGAUGAGCGCUGCAACCCCAGAGUCGGUCACGACUGGACCUAAUGGUCAGGGGUCCCUUUACCUUUAUGGGUAGAUGCUAUUUGACUGACAGUCUUAGGCUAAUAUUUUAAUUACAAUUUUGUUGUUUUAGGGAUAAACAUCCAGACAAUAUUUGGCAAAAUGUUACUUAUUAGCAAUUUAUUCAAUAUCUCAUUCAUAGUGAUUCUAAUGUGACAUUCUUGGCGUUCAAAAUACCAAUAUAUUUACAAUACAGCUCAUUUGUAUAUGUAAUAUAAUUGUAUCAAAGAGUAUAUACACUAUUAAAUACUUUCGUGCCACGUUUGUCCAUGUCUCAAGAGCCUUGAGAAUCCUUGCAGGCUCCAAGCUUGUAACAGAUGUGCCUCAUUUGGCAAUCUAUGUAGAUUCUUGGGUGUGUUCCGAUUCUGAGGCAUGGCUCAAUAUUUAAUCUAAAUAAUAAAUAGCUUAUGAACCUGAUUGAAGUUCCAGUAAGUGUGUCAUUUUCUGUACUUGAAUGAAAUGAUACUACAUAUCAUUGUGUUGAAACACUAAAUUCAAAUAUUUAAUCUUACAAGUGCGGACCUGCAUCAAAAUGUUGCAGUAUAUCCUCAGUCCUAAACAAGAAUGCUUUGGUUCAAGGCUCCAGCAAAGAGGAGCCAUGUGAUGUUGAGAGUUUGCAGAGCCCCUCCUUUUUUUCUUACCUUUCCUCCACAGUACUAUAUAGUAAAAAGGCAUUCAGAGCUUAUUGCCAGCCCAGAGCACAAGUGCUUUACUGGCAUAGGUUUGGGGGUGAAUAUUAUGCAUGGAGAAGGAUGCUUUUUAAAACAACAUGGCAUGCAUUUCCCUCAACUCUAAUGGUCACCUUUAGGAUACAGGGGCUCGAAUAGGCCAGAGGUCCUUCUAUUUCUCUCACACACACCCCUUAAAUACUGCAUGGCUCAGUCACCCUCAGUCAUUGAAUUAACUGAUAGAUUCACACAGACUACCUAGCACACCCACCUCAGCAUCUUUUAUGUCCCCUGGUGCAGAGAUUCAAUUAUUUGAAUUUGCUAUUAGAGGGGUUAUAUUUAACAAACUGGAGAUCAGGAGUGUGACCUUUUAGCAUUGAAAUCUGUGCCCACCUAUCCUGGCAGAGGUUUUAAUGUAUAUUAUAAUGCUUCUAAAGAGUUCUACUCUGUGCUCUUAAUCAGCUUCCUAAGAUGGAUUUUUAAACUUUUUUGAAAUUAGAUGCCUGAUACGUAGGUCUUGAUUUGAUGGUAUAGUAGCUAUUUCACCUAUUCCCUCUUUGUUGUGACCAUAUAAUGAGGCAUUAUUGACUUGGUGUAGGAUAGAAUAUUUCUGGUGGCUGUCAGUUUAUUAACUUGGGACAUAACUUGAAAGUUUUAUCAUUAAUGACAUUUCUAUUUUCUAGCCCUGUUAACUAUAGCUGAAUCUUAGAAAGAAUCGCAGAUUUUUUAUUACCUUUCUAUAACAGUCUUUAUUGGCUGGGAUCCAGCCAAUAAAGGUGUUCAGUAUUUAAUGAAUGCUGAAAUAAUUAAAGAAUGGCUGAUACUUAAAUGUGAACUUUGAAUUAUUAUAGCAGUCAGUUCUUUAGGCAUUGGGGGUUCUUUUAUCGGGUCACCACAUUAGGAAAGUAGAUGAUGAUGGAACAAAAUAUUAAUCUCUUUUAAAAACCAAAAUAGUGAAUGUGUAUUUUUACAAAAAUCAGUGAGAAGUACACUCAAAAUCAGGAAUUGAUUUAGUUGUGUUAUUCAAAACAGUCAGGUUUUUUAGUUUAAAAAAAGACAGCAGCUGCCUAUAAAGACUGGCUUCUAACAAAACUUUAAGAAAUGCUCUUGGCUGCUUAUCUGCAGCUGCAACGUUUGAAUCAAAAUGUUACUUUCAGUAUCUAUGUUCAUUUCCCAUCCUACUGCUGUACUUCCUCUAGUGAGUUUGUAUAGUGUACAUUAAUCUUGUGUGUGUUCAUUUGUUGCUGGCGAUGCAGACAGCUUGAGAUACAUUUUCCUUUCAAAUGAGAAUUCACAAACCUUUGCUUCACAUUGUGUUUCCCCCAUUAUACAACUGUGCAGAGUUAAAGCUUUUUACUUAUAAGUUGCACUUAAAAUAUAAGCACCCCUUAAAACAUUCAAACCACUUAGUCAGACUUGCACUGUAAACCAGUAUAGAAUUUUCAGAAAGUAAAGUAUUGAUUAUGUGUUGUAUCUUAUAUCUGAGACAGCCAAUGGCAAAUGUUGUCAAAAUGAAAUCAGAUGUUUGUAACUUAAUAUUUAAGAAAAAUGAUGAGUGCAUGUUUUUUACUUUGAGCAUUCUUAGUGCUGCUCAGCUUUAAAGACAUAAACUGAUGUAAAAAUAAAUUUCUGCUUGCAUAAUUUAUGUAAUGUCUUGCUCCCUGAUCCUGUUUGUAUUGAUUUUUCUAAAAGGCUUUUGUGGCCACAGGAACCAAUCUGUCUCUCCAGUUUUUUCCGGCCAGCUGGCAAGGGGAACAACGGCAGACACCAACCCGAGAGUACGUUGACUUUGAAAGAGAGGGAGGCAAGGUAAGGACAAAAAGUAUAGAUUGUGGUUAUACAGGUAUAUAUCACAGUGGCUUUAAAAUGUGAGCUAGAGGUUUAUGAUAUAAAAUGAACUUGUAAUAAUACACAUUGAUAUUUCUUUAUUUUUAUGGUGGCCAGUUGUCUAUUGCUUCUUUAAAACCAUGCAAAACGUAUAUGAUACUAUUACCAUAUAUGUUGUGUAAAUAUGGCAACAGUUUAGUAGAUCCUAAAUGGAUUUUGCAGUACGCCCAGGAUCUCAGGAAGGGGAGAACAUUUAGCACAAAGAAUAGAAUAAAAUAUUGCUACUGCUUUCUAAUACAGUGGUACCUCAGGUUAAGUACUUAAUUCAUUCCGGAGGUCCAUUCUUAACCUGAAACUGUUCUUAACCUGAAGCACCACUUUAGCUAAUGGGACCUCCCGCUGCCGCCGUGCUACUGGAGCACAAUUUCUGUUCUCAUCCUGAAGCAAAGUUCUUAACCCAAGGUAAUAUUUCUGGGUUAGCGGAGUCUGUAACCUGAAGCGUAUGUAACCCGAGGUACCACUGUAGUUUUCAUGCUUUAUAAUAGUAUUCAAAUGUGUUUCACAAUUUUUAAUUGAUACUCUAAGGCCACCUAACAUAUGGCAUUUUCCUAACACAAAUGUAGGAAGGUCUGUGUACAAAAAACCACACCAUCAUGUGUAAGACAUUUUUGGAAUAUGUUAGUAUUCAAAAAUAAAUUAAGGUAUUCUUGUUCUGUACCCUUUUUCCUAGAGAUGUAAAAGUCCAGAAAGAAACUGGAUUUUUUCCCCUUCCGGGGUUUCCCAGGCCUUCACAUCUUUAGUUUUUUGUACACAUGUAUGUGAAGAAAAAUGUAUGAAUCAGCCCUUCAAAGAGCACAGUAAAACUUAUGCAUCUCAGACAGAUAAGCAGACAAUGGAAAGUUGAAGUUUUGUGUGCAUUUUUAUAGCUCUAAAAAUAGAUAUUGAAUUGUGUGUUUGGUUUUGUCUGCAAUGGUGACAUGCUGGCAUAUUGAAGCGUUUGGUAUGGUCACAUUAUUCUAGAUAAAAUCUACACAACAUGGAGUUGUUUAGAUAUCCUUGGGCAAGUUCUUCUCUUUUUUUUUUAAAUUGAUAUUUAUUAAAUUUUCAAAAAAUAACAAAUAACAACAAAAAUUACCAAAAAAGUUUGAACAUACAAAAAAGAAAAAAAAGAAAAACAAAAAUAAUACAGAAAUAAUAAAGAAGAAAAAACCCAGCCGCAAAAAAGAAAAAAAGAAAAACAGAAAAACAGAAAUAUAAAAUCCUUUACGAUCUCCAUUAACUUCCUUUCUAGACUUCCUCCUCCUCCCCUCUCUUGUUUCUUAGUGUUUAAUUUUUUAACAAUCUAUCAUUGCGUUUCCUUGUUCUAUUUUCCCUCUUGUCAUAUAAAAACUUUAAAACUCAAAGCUUAUAUUCCAUAUUUAGCAAAUUCUUACAUCAUUACCUUUUUACAAACCAUUUACCAAUUCUUACUUAAGUCAUAUAAUUUCAUUCAACAUCCUUCAAACAUUUAUAAACAUUCCCAAUAUUAAAAAAUAAGAAAAAGAAAAUAAUAAGUCAGAUUCAAUCCAGUCAACUUCCAGCCUCCCCUCCCCUGGUCCCGGGAUUGUCAGUCCUUUUAACCUCAAUAAUCCGGCUCCUUAACCUGGUUGUCUCGUGUCCGAGGCCCUCAAGUCUCUUUCUUGCCCCUUUCGCCACUCUUGUUGAUAUUUCCCUUUCAGUCGUGGAUACUCCAGCAAAAAGAUGCUUUUGACUCUUUGCAGCAAGUCCAUCCCAAACCCAUUACCCAAGCCAGACAGCAGAUAAUACCACUUCCAAUUUCCAGAAAACUUGGAGACUUCGACUUCUCCAAUCCUCUGAUGGCCCAUCCCUAGACUCGGAAAGUCCAAAUAACCAUAUAGAGGGGUGUCAAUCCAUCCCCCCAUUUCCAAAUCUGACCGCAUUUCAUCUUUCCGAAUCAGGUUUGUCCCAAGUUCAUUUAUCAAGUUCAAAGGCUGAUCUUGCCCAUCCAUAAGUCCCUCCAUCUCUGAAGCCUCCGUCGCUACAGCAGGUUCAUAUACUUGUAUAGACUUUAACUGAAUUUCAUUUGUUUGCUGCUGUGCUCUGGUGACUUCCGUCAUCAUCAAGGUCGACUCCUGACGCAUCUGGUCCAGCUGGGCACUUAAUUUUGCAAAACCUUCCAGGAACACUUGUUCAAGCCUUUGUACAAGCAUUGUCCUUCAAGGUCAGAAAAAAUUCUUUCCCACGAGAAUGGUCCUUCUCUUUUAAACUCUCUGCAUUGCAAUUUCACUCAGUUCCACUAGAUGGAAAACCCUUUUUUUUUUUUUUUUUUUUUUAAGAGGGGGGAAAAAACAACAGUAACAAUCUUUCUUUUUCCAGAAACACUUUAUCCAAAAUUCCCCCUUUCAAAUUCAAGAGGCAACAGUAGAAUCAAAAUGUUACCCUUCUUUUAACUAUCUGUCGAGCUGGAUAAGCUUCAAAACGUCAGUUCUGACAGCCCGCUCCUGGUUCAGGGAGGUGGAAAAUUACUUUAUUUUAAACUCACUUCCGCAGGGUUGAAAAGAUCAAAACAACCCCCUUCUUCUCCUGCAAUCAAAAGGGGGGGUUCAGAAAUCUUAGAUGUUGAAUUUUAGUUCUCUCAGAAUUUAGUUUUCAGGCUUUAGUAUAAUUUGUCUUUGCUUUCUUCACGUAACAAAAGAACGGAAGGCGACUUCCUGUUUAGACCUUUCCGUUCCGAGUCCCAAUUAAAUUCAAUUUCAAGUUCAAGUCCAAUGUUAUUUAUUUAUUCACCAAUCUUAAAAGUAGUUCAGCUCUUCCAGGAUCAGGUACUCACGGAUAGAUGUUUUAGAUGCCAAAUUGUCCAGGAAAAAGGCAGCGCUCUCCGAAAGCGGCAGUGCGGCUUUGCUGCACGGAGGAAGCAGUCGACUCACAGCACCACGCACCUCCACUCCGGAGCCCGUUACCGGGCUCCUGGCACAGGGGAGAGCGCUCUCGGUGCCCGCCGAGUCCCACGCCCACAGGCUUCUUCCGCCUGUGGUUUUUGAGGGUCCCCGCUGCGCCGUAGCGGCAGGACCCAAGCCUCCGUGCAGCGGGUUCCCUUCAGUUCGAAGGGAAUUCCGCCAUUUUCCGGAGGCGCCACCCCGGAAGUCCUUCUCAUCCUAGUCUACCUCACAAGGAAAAACAACAUUGUACCAUGCAUUUUAGUAUUUUGGGGUAGGAAAACUAAAUUUAAAAGGUAGAUGUGUUUGAAUAUAUUUUCCAUUAGUUACUGUACGACAGUGGUUGCCAACCUUUUUGGGUCUGGGACACAUUUGGAAUUUUGAGGAAGUGCCAAGGACACUAGUCACAAAAUGAUUGCCAACAGGGGUGUGGCUUAAUGCACAAUGGCUGCUGCCUUCAGAAGAACAGGAAAAGAAAAGAGACGGGAACAUAAAAUGGUUCAAAUAUGAAGAAAACUAUUCAACUUUUUUUGUUAAAAUCUUUGAAAAACUUCCUUCUUUUCCAGGCUUUGUUAAGUCUCUGUUAUGCUGUCUGUUGCUGGUCUGCUGUUGUAGAUUAGAGAUAGCAAAUAAAGGAUAACUGAAUCCAGGAAUCAUUUUGAAUUACUAAAGCCAGCCAUGAAUAGGCAUGGCUACAAAUAAAAAGAUAUACCGUAUUUUUUGCACCAUAACACUCACUUUUUUCCUCCUAAAAAGUAAGGGGAAAUGUCUGUGCGUGUUAUGGAGGGAAUGCCUACGGGUGGCAUGCCUUCGGAUUUUCCUCCUCUAAAAACUACGUGCGUGUUAUGGUCGGGUGCGUGUUAUAGAGCGAAAAAUACGGUACUUAAUGCUGGAUGGCAUUAAGUAAUUUUUUACUAUCUUUUUUGAAAGAAAUUUUUAGAAAUGCAAGGAGUGCACAGAAAAUACACUCAACAAACAUGAAUCGCCCUCGUACUUGAAUGCCAUUGUACAUCUAUUUCGUUCAUUCUUCCUAUGUCAAGAGGCAAUACAAGUUCUAUAUCGAUAGCUGAAUAGAUUUACAACACUCGAUUUUUUUUCUAUUCCUGGUUCAAACUUCUUUUGUACUGAGCUUUACUGUGCUGUUUUGUUUCUGCUUUGUCUUAAUGAUGACAUAUAUUUUAAUUCUGUGCAUUGCCCUGAUUAUGUUUAUAAAGGGCAGCCUAAAAAUCUUUGAAAUAAGAUAAAUGAGUUUCCUUUAAGUUUUGCCUAAAAUGAAGUUUAAAUAGUGAAUAUAGGGCUUUCUACAUCAGAGGAAUUGUGAGGGAAGCAAAGCAUUUAAAUAAUAGUAAAAUAUAUUGGGGAGUAAGUCCUGCACAUUUCAUCACUAAGGAUUAAAAGAAUGCCUUCUGUUGCAAACUGGCAGAUUUCAACUUCAAGUAGAGAAAAAUAUAUAUAUUGACUUGAAUAGUAUUUAAUAUGUAGUCAUUGUCUGAGUAUAUAGUUGGAUAAAUAAAAGUACUGAAGCAACAGAAGCUUACUGUUGGAGGCUGAACGGGAUGGAGCAGUGUUCUGAUCCAGUAUGUCUGCUCUUUCAUACAUCCUUGUCUCUAUAUGAAUAUAUGAAUAUUUAUGACUCCUGGCUCUCGACAUGGCUGUUGGACUGGUACAGGCUAUGUAUCUUGUAUAGCAGGCUUCCCCAAAAUGAGCACAGAACAGUCCUGAAAGCAAAGGUACCUGUAUUUUCUGUGACACACUCAUACUACUGGUUGUGCAAGUCAUGUGAAAAUACAGUUUUGGUAUGAAGAGGUAUUGUGGUUUGUAUCCUGAAAUACUAAAACUGAUAGAUCUGGCUAGAUGUACUGGCAGUUAUGUGAGGAUAUAAGUGAUAAGUCCUUGAGAAAGGAAGUGAGAGAUUACCACUUUCUUGAAGUUUAACUCCUACUUCAUUUCACUCAUGGUGGUAAGGCAGUUCAAUUCAGUUUUGUUCCUAGUAGUACUCUCUUGUUUGAAUGUGUUAUUCAUCAUCAUCCCCAACCCACAAUUGAAUGCAUAUAGCGUAAAAGACAAACAGGCAGCAGAGCUUGUGAAAUAACCAAUAACACAAUGGCCAAUACAGUCGUACCUUGGAUCUCAAACACCUUGGCUCCCAAACAAAUCAGCUCCUCUUUUUCCGGUUUUCGAAUGGUUUCGGGAGUCGAACGGACUCCUGGAACUUAUUCUAUUCAAGAACCAAGGUACCACUGUACAAGCAAACUUUGGCAUAAGGAGGACAUGAAGAUUUCUAGAGAAUGCAUUUUUUUUGCUUCUGGCCUCCUUUCCUAAAACUUGUAUUUUUUGUGAUUCUCGAAGCACUGCUUUCAGACUCAUCUUUAAGGUUCUUGCAUUAGGUUUUAAUACAAACUUAUUGUAAAAAGCCUACAAGUAAAUGCAAUUUUAGUAGAUAAAAAUAUUCUGCUAUCCAGUUUUCUGGAUGUAUAUCAUUACUUCAAAGUGCCUGUGUUUAAUGUAUCCUUCAACAUUGGGAAAUGGCAUUAGGGCAGCUUCGAAGAACAUUCAACAAAGCAGGGGCAAGGAAUGUGGGAAAUGAGGCGAGGAAGGGAUCUAGCUAUGGUUAAGAAGAAAGAGAAUGCAUAGCCACUUGCAUUUUCCUUCCAGAAAAGCAAGAGGCAUUAUCACAGUUCAGUAGCACAUUCAAGCCAUACAAAAGCAGUCAAGGGGAGUGUGGCCUUUGCGAGGCAGGUGUAUCCUAUGGAGUCUCCCAAUGGCCAAAUAGAGAAUCCCGGAGGGCCACAUUUGGCUCCAGGGCCUGAGUUAUAACAUGUCUGAAAAAGAGUGGCAUUGAGCAGCCUCUAGGACUGAUUCCAAAGAGCUGAAUAUGCAGGGGGUGCCAUGCCCACCCAGUUACAAGAAAAAUGUAUCCUAUAACUUUCCCCUGAAUAUGAAAAAGCUUUUUGCAAAGCUUAUGGAUCAUUCUGAGUCAUGUUCAUUAAGUGUCAUGAUACAGGGCUAAAGCCAAUUCACUGGUACAUUUCAUCCUCUCAAAAUUAAUUCCCGUAAGGUGAUAUUACUCUUGCUACAAGAGAGACAAACUUGUACUUUUCAGGAAAUGCAAAAACAGAGUAAGGUAAAGGUAAAGGGACCCCUGACCAUUAGGUUCAGUCAUGACCGACUCUGGGGUUGCGGCGCUCAUCUUGCUUUAUUGGCCGAGGGAGCUGACAUACAGCUUCCGGGUCAUGUGGCCAGCAUGACUAAGUUGCUUCUGGCGAACCAGAGCAGUGCACGGAAACGCCGUUUACCUUCCCACCGGAGCGGUACCUAUUUAUCUACUUGCACUUUGACGUGCUUUUGAACUGCUAGGUUGGCAGGAGCAGGGACCGAGCAACGGGAGCUCACCCCAUCGUGGGGAUUCAAACUGCCGACCUUCUGAUUGGCAAGUCCUAGGCUCUGUGGUUUAACCCACAGCGCAACCUGCGUCCCAAAAACAGAGUAGUUGGAUUUAUUUAAGCCAAGAUAUGCUUGCCAGCUGGCUCUACUCAUUCACUGGAGAUGAUUUGAUUAAUGGCUGAAUUAUAGGUGUUGUGUGCAUUAGAUAUGGCACUAGAUUCCGGAAUUAAUUAGGGCAAUUGCAGUCUCCUCCUUGUGGCAGGCAUGUGCUUAAACCAGCACUAACUCACACAAUAGGAACUUUCCCUGAUUCACCACAAUGACACACUCAGAGCAAAGCCAGUUCUCUCACACAGCUUCAGGACAUGCACAGAGUUCCAGCUGUUCCAACCUACUUGUCAAUACAAUUCAGAUUUUUAACUCUUUGGCUUCCCAAGUUAAUAGUUAAUGUAUUUGUACAAGAAGAUGCAGGCAUGCUGCCUUGGAAGGGUGAAGUUGUGUGUUAUAUAAUUACACUAUUUCUUUUAGCUCUCUGUAGCCUUACACUUUAUGCCCAUUAUGAUCAGGUUCUGGAAACUUUCAGCUAUGGCUUCAUUAAAUGUGCAGGUACCAAAACAUGAAUAAGGCAAGAAAACAUCCUCCUAUCUUCUCACUCAGUCCUUCAGUUAUCCUCUACCCCACUAGUUCUAUUGCUUUAAAAAUGUUGCCAUGGUUUGCUAUUGGGUGGGGGAUACUUUCAUUUUUAUUUUUUUUAGAAUAAUAUUUAUUAAAGUUUCAAGAGAAAAAAAAUCGCAUUAAUAAUAAACAAAAUUAACAAUAAAAAGGAAAAAUACAAAAUAGAAAAACAAAGAAAAAACAGUUAAAAACAAUUCCAUCUUUUCCUCACUUCUUCUACGUUUACUUGUUUCCCGGACCUCCUCAUACCUCCCUCUUUUGUAUUCCAAUUCAAUUUGUUAAUCCAACAAUUCCUUUCCCUCCUUUUUAAUCCUAAUCCUUAAUCUUGAUAUAUUGUAACAUUAGAUUUUUACAAAUUAAAAACCAAUUUUUCCAUAUUCUUUUGUACCUAUACAGCUAGAAACCACUUAACUUCAAUCCAACAUCAUUCUAACAUUCAUUUAUUUUGCAAUAUUUCUGUAAAUAGUCUUUAAAUUUCUUCCAAUCUUCUUCCACCGACUCUUCUCCCUGGUCACGGAUUCUGCCAGUCAUUUCUGCCAAUUCCAUAUAGUCCAUUAAUUUCAUCUGCCAUUCCUCCAGUGUGGGUAAAUCUUGUGUCUUCCAAUGCUUUGCAAUGAGUAUUCUUGCUGCUGUUGUAGCAUACAUAAAGAAAGUUCUAUCCUGUUUUAACACCGAUUGGCGGACGAUGCCCAGGAGAAAGGCCUCUGGUUUCUUCAAGAAGGUAUAUUUAAAUACCUUUUUAGUUCAUUAUAUAUCAUCUCCCAGAAAGCCUUAAUCUUUGGGCACGUCCACCAAAGGUGAAAAAAUGUACCUUCAGUUUCUUUACAUUUCCAACAUUUAUUAUCAGGCACAUGAUAGAUUUUUGCAAGCUUGACUGGGGUUAUGUACCACCUGUAUAUCAUUUUCAUAAUAUUUUCUCUUAAGGCAUUACAUGCCGUAAAUUUCAUACCUGUGGUCCACAACUGUUCCCAGUCAGCAAACAUAAUAUUAUGUCCAACAUCUUGUGCCCAUUUAAUCAUAGCAGAUUUCACCGUUUCAUCCUGAGUAUUCCAUUUCAACAGCAAGUUAUACAUCUUUGACAAAAUUUUAGUUUUAGGUUCUAACAGUUCUGUUUCUAAUUUUGAUUUUUCCACCUGGAAGCCGAUUUUCUUGUCCAAAUUGUAUGCCUCCAUUAUCUGAUAAUAAUGAAGCCAGUCUCGCACUUUGUUUUUUAGUUUUUCAAAACUCUGCAGUUUCAAUCUAUCUCCAUCUUGUUCCAAAAUUUCCCAAUAUUUCGCCAUUUGACCUCCAUAUUGAGCUUUUUCAAAGCUUUCGCUUCCAUCGGUGACAGCCACCUUGGGGUUUUAUUUUCCAAUAAAUCCUUAUAUCUUAUCCAAACAUUAAACAAUGCUUUCCUGACAAUAUGGUUUUUAAAUGCUUUAUGUGCUUUGACCUUAUCGUACCACAGAUAUGCAUGCCAUCCAAAUACAUUGUUAAAACCUUCCAAAUCCAAAAUGUCAGUGUUUUCAAGAAGCAGCCAUUCUUUCCACCAGCAAAAAGCUGCUGAUUCAUAAUAAAGCUUGAGGUCUGGCAGGGCAAAUCCACCUCUUUCCUUUGCAUCUGUUAGUAUUUUAAAUUUUAUUCUGGGCUUCUUGCCCUGCCAGACAAAUCUAGAAAUAUCUCUCUGCCACCUCUUGAAACAGUCCAUUUUGUCCACAAUUUGCAAUGUUUGAAACAAAAACAACAUUCUAGGCAAUACAUUCAUUUUAACCGCAGCAAUACGGCCCAGCAGUGAAAGCUUCAAAUUUGACCAAAUUUCUAAAUCUUUUUUUCACUUCAGCCCAACAUUUUUCAUAAUUAUCUUUAAAUAAGUUCCCAUUUUUUGCUGUCAAGUUGAUCCCCAAGUAUUUAACUUUCUUAACCACUGUUAAACCUGUCUCAUUCUGAAACCUCUCUCUCUCUAUUGGUGUUAAAUUUUUCUCUAAAACCUUAGUUUUUACCUUAUUCAAUUUAAAUCCUGCGACUUGACCAAAUUCUUGAAUCAAUUCUAAAACCCUUUUGGUACUAGAUUCUGGCUCCUGUAACGUCAGUACUAAGUCAUCUGCAAAUGCUCUCAAUUUGUACUGUUUAGCUCCGACCUGUAUACCUUUAACCAACUGGUCCCUUCUAAUCAUGUUCAGCAAAACCUCCAGGACCGAAAUAAAAAGCAGUGGGGAAAUUGGGCAACCUUGUCGUGUCCCUUUUUCUAUCCUAAAUUCUUCCGUCACCACAUUAUUUACAAUUAAUUUAGCCUUUUGUUCUGAAUAAAUUGCACUUAUACCGUUUUCAAAGCCUUGGCCUACCCCCAUACCCUGUAGGUUCUUCUUCAUAAAACUCCAAGAAAUAUUGUCAAAAGCUUUCUCCGCGUCCACAAAUAUCAAAACUGCUUUAGUGUUUAUGUUCACUUCUAGUUUCUCCAAAAUGUCAAUUAUGUUCCUCAUAUUGUCAGACAAGUGUCUACCCGGGAGAAAGCCCGCUUGAUCUUUAUGAAUCUCUUCCAUCAACACUUUUUUCAAUCUCUUAGCCAAAAUGUCUGCAAAAAUUUUGUAAUCCACGGGUGGGGGAUACUUUCAACACCUCAUUCAGUAUUUCAAAGGUCCUGUGUUUUCCCUAGCUUCCCCUCCGUUUCCCCCUAUGUAGAAUGAAUAUUAACUCUUUGGGAACAGGAGAUAGCCUAUCUGCUCAUGAUUGCUGUUAUUCGGCAUGAGAGAAAAUCUAUAAAUCCAAAUAGAUAUGUGGCAACAGUCUUUGGAAAGCUGAACUGUGGAAAAUCCAGGAAAGGAAAUGGAGUUUGAUGUUACUCUUGGCAAUUUCACUUUACAUAUGUGCCCUAAAUCCAUUUUUUUCUUGAUAAGCUGGCAAGUAGGUGCUUAUUGGGAGACUGCUAUGUGCUUGGUGGUAAAAUGAUUUCUGCUUGAAGGAACACGAUGUUCUGAAACUGUUUAUCUUUCCUUUUUAAGAUAAGAUGCUGUAACAAUAGUGUUUUCCUUCGAGGAAUCCCUUUGCUGUCUUUUCACUAAAGAAAACCUACUUAAUCUUCCAUUCUUAGUAGUCAAAAUGUCUCCUCUUGAGUGACAUUAUUCCAGAGCUGUGUAGAACAUUGGCUAUUCCUGCGUGGUUUGUUGUCCAGAUGUAUGGCAGAAUGCCAGCUGGCAAUCAUGGUGGUCUUGCCAUGAAUAAGUGCUUCAGGGGAAACAUUGCAAUUCAUCUGCAGACUUCUAUUCAUUCAUUCUUCCUACCUACCUCACUGAGUUACGCUACUUCAUUUAUUUAUAGAUUAGAAAAAGCAAUUUUAAUAGGUUUUAAUUACAAUUCUAUGUUACACCACUUUUACAGUCUGAAAAAUCAAAUGCAUUUCCUUGCUAGUUUCUAUAUUGAAAGCAUUUGUUGUAGUGGUCAACACAACAUUACAAAUCCCUUCUGGCUGUCUCUGUCAGUGUUAUACAUACAGCCGGGUGUAUUUCUUAUAGUUUUAAAUCAUAAUGUUGGAGGCUUUUGAGUUCCUUUUGUCUAGCAGCACUUCUUUUCUAAAAAAAUGUUUAGGGGUACUCUCAGUUUCCUACUCAUAUUGAAAUACUGCCCCUCAAUGAGGCCAAAUUUAGAUUCACAAAAUGUUUAGGGGUAUGUGUACCCCUGCAUCCCCGUCCCCCCAGAAAAAAAGCACUGGAUACAUCUAUUUGGCUAUUUAGCUUUUUCCUUUUCCUUUUUGUAACUUCUGUGCUGACUGCAGUAUGGCAGCAUGCUUCAUCUAAUAGUAUAAAUUAAACAUGGAAACUUUUGGCAUCACACAUUAGGGUACUUUUCCAGUAAUGAUACUUCAUUAAAAUGUAUCUCAACAUAAAACAAUUAUAAUUAUUCCAAGAUGCUUCAGUUCUGUCAAAGCUACCAACUCCAGCUUAUUAAAUAAUAAAAUUCAUCAUUUUGAAAGACAGUAUUAACAAUACAUUUUCUCUUGCUUAACAUCAGCCACCAACUGACCAUCUAGUAAUCAACAUGUUUGAUCAUAUAGUUACGCUUUGGAAGUAUUUUUCCUGUUAAUUUGAUAUUUCAUUUUAAAAAUUCAAACAAAAUAAAGGAAUGCUUUUCUCUAUUGUACAAAUGUCAUCAGUAUUUAAUACAUACAAACUUCCUUAUUUGUGAAGAAUUAAAAACACCACCCAGCCUAUUAAGCACUGGAACAGAGAGUUGGAAUAAAUAGACAAUUCCCCCAACAGGGGGACGAAGAAAGUAGUGUCCCUCAAGAAUCAGUGUUGGAAGCUCUGCUUUUUAACUUGUUUGGUAAAUGAUCUACAAUUAGGGGCAAGCAGGAAGCUGGCAACGUUUGUUGAUGGUACUGAAUUGUUCAGCGUCAUUAAAAAGGGACUGUAAAAAAACUCCAAAAGACUUCUCCAAACUGAGUGAAUAGACUGUAAAAUGGCAAAUGCAAUUUAAUGUAAACAAGUGUAAAUAGUGCAUGUAGGCAAAAAAAAUCUUAAUUUGACAUAUGCAUUCAUGGGGUCUGACCAGGAAUUAGACCUUGAAGUUGUAAUACUAUAGAUGCUUCAAUAAGCAUGUUGACCCAGCAUGCAGCAGCUGUGAACAAGGAAAAUUCCAUGCAAGGGAUCAUUAGGAACUGAAUUGGGGGGGGGGGCGCUGCCAUUAUACAGUUAAUUCGUUCCGGAGGUCUAUUCUUAACCUGAAACUGUUCUUAACCUGAGGUACCACUUUAGCUAAUGGGGCCUCCCGCUGCCGCCGCGAGAUUUCUGUUCUCAUCCUGAAGCAAAGUUCUUAACCCAAGGUACUAUUUCUGGGUUAGCGGAGUCUGUAACCUGAAGCGUUUGUAACCCGAGGUACUCCUGUACAAAUGUAUGGUGUGACUGCAUUUGGAAUACUGUGUACAGUUUUGAUCAGCAAACCUCAAAAAGAAUAUUGUAGAAUUGGUAAGUGUUCCAAAAAGGGCAAUAAAAAUUAUCAAGAGAACAGAGGGACUCCCUUGUGAGGAAAGGUUACAGAAUAGGUGGCUUUUUAAGUUAGAGAAAAAGUGAGUAAGCAGUAAUGGUAUAGAAGUGUACAGUACUAUCAUUUCUUGCAUGCAGAUAAUAUUCCAGGGAUGGCGUGUGUAUGCAAAAAUGUUUAUACCUGAACAAUCCCUUGGAACUGUCCCCACGUAACAAUCUUUACCUUCCAAGCCUUAUUUACUGAGCUCUGGGAUGUUUUGUUCCCGCGAGAGCAGCCCAGAGCCCACUUGAGAAUAUCCCAGACUCCCAGAGCCCAGUAAGCAAGUCUGAGAGUUUAAAAGCUUUUUCCAUGUUGAGAAAACCUGACACAAAAUGAGCUUUUAAGCUCUUCAGUUUGUAUGCAAUUUGUGGGAUUUCAACUAUGCAAGGUCGAAAAUUGUGCUAGCAAAUUGCGCACAAGAUGAGAUUGUACUGUAUACAUUUACUCGUAUGGAGAAAGUGGAUAAAGAAAAGUUUUUCUCCCUCUGCACUAAAAUUCAUGGACAUCCAAUGAAGCUGAAGAUUCAGGACACACAAAAGAAAGUUCUGUUUAAUGCAGUGAAGGAGGCAGUUUUGGCAACUAACCUGGAUGGCUUUAAAAGAAGAUAUUUGAUGGAGGAUCAGGCUAUCAGUGGCUAGUAGCCAUAACAUAAAGCCUAUUUUCUUGCUCCAGAUUCAGAAGCAGUAAGCUUCUGAAUAACAGUUGCUGAAAACCACAGGAGGGGGAGAGUUCUCUUGUGCUCAUGUCAUGCUUGCUGGCUUCCUAUAGGCAUAUGGUUGACCACUGUGAGAAAAGGAAGCUGGACUGCAUGGAUCAUUAGCUUGAUCUAGUAGGCUGUUCUUAGAUUCUUAAAUACCAUCUCCCAAGGACUUAGGGUGGUAUCAAUGGGAUUGUUUAUUUUUCAACAAACAUGUGACAGAGUUUAGGAGGAUUAUGACUUGCCCAAGGUCCUGGCACUAGAAAAUGUUCCUCGUAUUUGAAUUAAGGGGUGAGUGUCUCCUUGUGUCUGUGCUGAUAUUAUAGGAAAUGAUCUUAUGUUCUGCUAUUGUGAAGCCAAGUAGAGAACUGGGCUUAUAAUUAGAAAGGAUUUGUUGUAAUCUUCUGAUAAUCCUUUAAAAGGGAAUCAUGAUUUAGUGGCCUCUGGCAAGAAAAUUCAGAGUGGAAAUUACUUUUGAAAUCAGGGUGUUAACUUCAUUUCCUUACCUAGCCCCUAAUAAGAUUCUAAUACAGUACAACUGUCCUUGAAAUAAAUGCCAGUUCCUUACAUGCUACUAUGUUCAGAUUCAUUGUUUGCUUGCUUCCUGAGAAAGUGGUCUGUUGCCCCCAAAGGCUAAUGUCUCAAACUCAUCAGUAUGUUAAAACCGUGAAAUUCAUUUAUACUAAAUGCUCUUAUUUUAGCUGAGAUUCCCCACCCCCCCAUGGCUGCAAAGUGGAGUUACUCUAUAAACUAAAGCUACCCUUUCAAUCUAAUAGUUGGGUCACUAUUGAUAAAUUAAGCUAGGUAAUGAAUUUUUCUUCUCUACUGUGGGUAAAAUAUACCCUAGUCCUUCCAAAGUGUAAUAUGCUUGAGGGACCUUGGGGGAUAUCCAGUAUUACUCAUGCUUAGAGUAGACAUAUUAAUAUCAGUGGACUUAAGUAAAUUACAUUCAUUAAUUUCAGUCGAUCUGCUGAGUUGGACUUAGUUGUAUAUCACUUCUUAUAUUCUAUAAAGUAUUAUGAAGUAUAUUAUUAUAUUGUAAACUUGUUGACAGAUAUAUUUCCCAGUCUGUUUCUGUAUUGGAGAUGUUGUUAAUAUGUUUUAAUUGUUUUAUUGCUUGUGUGUUUGGUGUCUAGGAAACUUUGGGGUAAUGGGCAGGAUAGAAAUUCAAUAAAUAAUCACUCGGUUCACUUGACAUGUUUAUAAAUUAUUUAUGCAUAAAUUUAUUAUGAAGUGUCUAAAAUGGUUAUGUGAUGAAUAAGGGAGUAUUGAAACUCUACUUAAAAGGCUUGUUGAAAGAGGUAGGUCUUCAGUAGGCUCCAAAAAACAACAGAGAUUAAGCCUGUCCAAUAUUUAAUGGGAAGGGUUUCCAGUUCUUAUAUCAUGCAGAAUGGUCCUCCUGAUAAUAUGAUAUCUUCAGGAUGUCCUUUCUUGCAGAGCAUAGUGAUUGAUUGAGUAUAUCAAUAUGAGACUAAAUUUUACAUAUUCUGAUCUCAAACCAUAUAGGGCUUUAUACAUCAGAAUGAUACUUUGAACUUAGCGUGGCAGCUAAUUGGCAGCCAGUUUAAUACUUUUCAACAGCAGCAUAACAUGGCGAUAGCCAGCCCCAGUGACUGCAACUGGUGUGGGUCCAGUUGCAACCAUGUGGAGAUCUCUGGAUGCCAGGUUGGCAACUCACAUCUCCAGGUUUCUUAAGCAGGUAGGCAGAAGAGCUUAUUUGUUGCAUUUUUAUCUCACCUUUUUCUCAAAGGAAUACAUGGUUCACCCUCCCCUCCUCAGUUAAUGCCUACAACAACCCUGUGAGGUAGGUUCAGAUGCUGUGACUGGCCCAAGGUGAGCUUCAUGAUUGAGUGGGGAUUUGAACCCUGAUCUCCCAAGUCCUAGUUCAUCACACUAACCACUACACCACACUGGCUUCCUAUAAUACUACUGGUAUGGGUGACGUUUAGUAAAACUACAUCAUUUGAGUAUUUGGUUACUGGUAUUCGGUUACUGGUAUGAUUCAGGGGCAGGUGGGAUCAACACUGAAACUUAAUUACUGCUUUACAAGCAGACAGGCAGUUUACUAUGUGCUUAUGAAUAGGAAAAGUUGCAUGUGAUGAGAAUUGGGCAGUGACUCACAUGUGAGUGCCUUCUACAAGAAUGCAUGAUGGGCAUGUUUGCUGGGAAUAUGAUUGAAAACAAAUUUCAGUGCAGUGGUAUGUUCUUGGCUUUCUGUUUCUGUGUGGUGACUGUUAGUAUGCUGACUCACUAACUGAUGGGUGGUAACUGGUGAACUACAUACAAUCUGACUUAGAAAUGAUUCAGUUGUCUUCCUGAAAACACUUCUGUGGUAACACUGCUAUCUUGUGCCAGUGUUUUCAUGUACACAUUUGCUUGUUCCUUCUCACAUUGAUAUUUCCAGUUGUAACUUAUAUAUCCUUGAUGAGAUUUGGUGUUCAUCAUUUUUUAUGAGGAUUUCCUCAAAUUCUUCCUAAAUUGGCUAGCUAAAUUAUUGGGGGGGGGGGGAGUCUGAUUUGAAAAAAUUCUAAUCAAGGCUUCUUUGUAAUUUAGAUCUGUUUAUGAUCAUAAUCAUGAGUAAAUACUGUUGCCAAUGCCAUUAAUUAAAUCUCAUCAUCAUUAAGUAAGUACCAUUUAUUUUCCUUCUUUUGAAUUUUGUAAUCACUCUUUUUAUUGUGGAUUAUCCGCAAUCCAUACAAUGGGAGAUUUGGGUGGAUUUAACCUAGAGUUAAGGUCAUCUCAAUUCUUUCAGAAGUUAGAUAUUAAGGUGUCUUCAUUGAUUAACAGAAUUAAGCACCUACCAGCAUAUUUGCAAGUGUCCUCAGAUGUAGCUGAUGAAGAAUGAAUUGUUAAAACAACUUUGUACAAGUACAUUUUCAUUGGCUAAUUAUUUCUGAGACAUACCAAAACUACUCCCUCAUUUUGGCAGCAACUGUCAGGCAAUGGCUUAUAGUGAUUUGGAUGUGUGUUCAGGUAACUUUAUUUGAUAGCUGGUUUAUUUUCAAAGAUUAAAUUGGCAUGGUGAGUGAUAUGACAGCUGCAAACCAAAAAUAGUCUUAGAAAUGAAGAGGAAACAGUUUUUUAUCUUAAAAAAGGAAAUGUGGUCAAACGGCUUCAGCAAUAACAGCAGACAGUUUUGCUUCUUACAAAAUGUGCCCCCUACUUUCCCUGAUAGAGGAAAUUACAAUAACAUGAUUUAAAGGGAUGUUUGGAGGAAGAAAAAGUCAGAGCAAGGGUUCACUAGAGGUGGUUUAUGCACUUGCUACAACUGGCAAGAAAGUUACAGGAAUUUCAAGUUGAGGAGGGAUCACUGUAGGGAUGGGUAAAAUAUUAUUCUACAAGUUUAAGAGACACACAUUUCAAUAUAUUCUAGUUUGUAGCAAUAUUAUCAGACUAAAGCAAUCAGAAAAUAUGCGUCCUUCAGACAGAAAAAUGCAAUGGAGUGUAUGUAAGAGCAUCAAAUAAAAUAAAACGGGAGCAUGGAAAAUCAUGGAAUUUAAAAGAAAUCAAGACACCUACAGUUCUCAAAUAUCUGCAGCCAGAUGAAUUUCUGAUAUUUGGCUUCUGAAAAUGCAAACUCAGCCAUGGACUUUAUGAUACGGACUCUAAUUGCAAUUUUUAGAGCUUGCCUUGCCUCUGUUGUUGUUAUUACUGUUAUUACUAUUACUCUGUUGUUGUUAUAUCAUGGCGCACACUUUUUUUUAUCUGAAACCUAUUAAUCUCUCUCUUUUGCAUGUGUAAUCUUUUUACCAUAGUCAGUACAGUGGACACUCAGGUUGCGAACAUGAUCCAUGCAGGAAGCACGUUCGCAACCUGCAGCGCCGCAUCUGCACACUCGCGGGUCGCGAUUCAAUGUUUCUGUGCAUGUGCAAAGCGCGAUUUAUGCACAAGUGCCGAAACCCAGAAGUAACCCGUUCCGGUACUUCCGGUUUGGCACGGUGCGCAACCCAAAGCAUCUGUAACCCGAGGUAUGACUGUAGCUCUGUCUGUUACUUCGUUCCUUUAUUUCUUGUGUCAAAUGUAUUUAAUUUCCCCUCCUCUUGUUCUUCAGGCUCUCUGUUCUGUCUUCCCAUUUGUUCUUCUUUUUCAUCAUUGAGUUCAGCAGACACCACACACACAAAGCAAUUUAUCUGUUUUAUAUAAAUACCACCUUUUCUCCAAGGAGUUCAAGGUGUCAUACAUGGUUCUCCCCAUUCAGUCUUCACAGCAACCAUGUGAGCGUAGGUUAGACCAAUAGAUAGUGGCUGGCCCACGGUUCCCUGUGAUUUUCAUUACCCAGUGGGGAUUUGAACCCAGGGCCUAAUCCAACACACUAACCACUGCAUAACUAGUGACUUACUGACGUUGUUGCUGUUUGCAGCAUGGACAGUUGACUGAAAUAGUUUAGAACCGAUAGCAACUCCGCCACUUGUCUCUGGAUCUACAGAGGGGGAUAAUUUGUACACCAUUUAACAAAUGAAUUGUCCCAUUUUCCUCCCUUCCCUAUAGCUGUUGAUCUCAGGUAUGCUGCAGGUGUUUUCAUGUAGAGGUGGGGAAGGAAUGCAGGUAUGGUUAUUCAGAAGUAUUAGUAGCAUAAUAAUCUGAUAAUAACAUGAUUAUCAGCAUGCUUCACUGUUAGGCUCCCUCCCCCUUUCCAGUCUUGUUUGCUUGCAUCAGUAAAAAAGUUCCCUUAAUAACUUUCCUGUUGAGAGAGUCACAGUUAGAAAUUGAACUCAACUGAUCUUGGCAGACAUUUAAUGCUCCUACUGGCAGGAUCAGUUUCAAAAACAAUCACAACUCAUUUUUCAUGCUGUCUUCACAACUGUUGGCAAUGCAAACAGGGAUUUAACUCCCACUCAAAAUAUAAACGCUGUAAUCUGUAUUACAUACUACAGAUCUCAUUUCAACCUCCUUAGUGACAAGUUAAAGGAAAGCCUCGGAAAAUGCAUUUUACCAUAUAUAUUUCCACUUAAUUGUUAGGCCCUGUUAAUGUCACUUAAUGCCUUCUGCAGGUGUGUCUCUAACUAUGGAGAUCAGGUUCAUGCCACCUGCCAUGCAAGAAGACUGAUGGAUCAGACCAAAGUCCUGUCUAAUUCAGCAUUCUGUUCCCACAGUAGCCAACCAGGUGCCAACCAGCAGCAACUGGUAUUCAGAGAUAUGCUGCCUCUGAUACUGCAGAUAAUAUAUAGCAAUGACUAAUAGCAAUUGAUAGCCUAUUCUUCUAUACAAUUUCUCAUCAUGUUGUAAAGCUGCCCAAGCUGACAGCCAGCUUGGCCCAUAGAGUAGCCUGAUUGCUGUCUCUUGAUUUUGAGAGGCAACAGUUGUACAGAUUAGGCCUAUGUGUUUUGGGCUACAUAUGUAUAAACUUCUACAGUCAUACCUUGGGUUACAGCAGCUUCAGGUUGCCUUUUUUUGGGUUACGGACCACUGAAACCCAGAAGUACCGGAACGGGUUACUUCUGGGUUUCGGUGGUCGUGCAUAUGCAGAAGUGCUAAAUCGCGCUUUGCGCAUGAGCACUGGAUUACAACCCACGCGUGCGCAGACGCGGGUUGCAAACACUGUGGGUUGUGAACAUGCAUCCCACACGCUUAAGCCUGGGGUAACUUAGCUGUGUCACCUUGACUGUUUUGCAACUAUUUGGAGGCAAGAGUUUUAACUUACAAGCAGUUUCUGGGAACAUCAUUUAUUGUGCCAAACUCAUUGCAAGGAUAAGCUCUUUCAGUAAAGCAUUCAAGAUUUGAGCAAUUUGGGCAAAUGUCCAAAUGUUAGAAGUAUACUCUCCUUACAAACUUGUUUAUUUCAUGAUUCUUGCUUACUACUAAGAAUUCCUUUACUUUAAAUCUAAUUGGCAAAAUGAUGUGGCCACUUGUAUGUGCAUGGUAUAUUUGCAUAGUUGUAUGAUAUUUGCAAGAAGCAAAAAACUAUAAAUUCAAAAUCUAAGUUCACUUCUUUCAGUGACCGUUUUUAGUGCUACCAGGUGUCACAUAUUUGAAGCUGAUAAAAGUUGCAGUGUUCAUGAUGGUAGUUCUACAUCUAGAAUAGUGUUAUGGAAAGCAGAUGAGAAAAAAUAGAUAGCUCCAUGAGUAAUUACGUAAGAGAGAUUGUUUUGGUCACUUUCUUGCUGGCAGGUUAAAACAAUAUUUGGAUAUAGUGAAAAUGGGGAAUACCCUUUUAAGGCUCAUCAAAGUACAUAACCGUUGCUGAAUGUAACAGGGAUUUUCUCUAUUCCUCUUCCCUUCUCCACAGCUGUUCCCUCUCUAGCAUGCAAAUUACUCCCUGCUACCCUUAACUGUGAUUCAUUGUUCUGUCUACAUAGAUUUUAACCGUGGUUAACAUUAACCGUUGUGUGAUUAUGGUGUAGGAUUUGAAGCUAACUUCAUUGUUGGCAGUUAAUUAUGCUCAAAAUAAUUUGGCACAUGUGACUCAUGACUUAAAUAAAUCUCUACGUAUGCUGGGUUGAAAAGACUUCAUUACAAUGGUUGGAGCAAGCUGGUUGAAAAAAACUCUUCCUCCACCAUUGGUUCCCUUCUUUUCAGUCACACUCCUUUUUCUUUGAUGCUUCUCUCCCCCACUCCAUACGGUGGUCAUUUUAUUUUCCUUAUUUGCCAAUUUCCUCUCAUGCCUCUUUUGCUGCCACCACUACAUAUCUGGUAGCUGAGCUGAAAAAAACUCAUGAUAAGGUCUAACCAUUUGCUGCUUUAGGUUGGCACCAUCUUUUCCAGGUAGACUCUGCUAUAUUAAACCUACCAUGGUCAUAUUGGUUGGGCUUUUCACCUGCCACUAGAGGUGGUGACAGUACCUCUGCUGGUGCAGAAGUAAGGGGAGGACAGGUAGGCAGACAGCAAGGAAGGGGGAGGGAGCUUAGAAUCUGGUGACCUAGUCAUGGCACAGACAUACUACUUUCAGUGACUGGGUCAGCCCUGAUUGAAACUACCAUGGGUAUGAGGUUUGUUUUGGCUUUCAAUGUGACAAAUAAAUACAAUGUUGAAAACUAUGUGUUUUUAUUAAUUUGCUUUUAUAUUACAUUUUCCACUGGUAUGCUCAAAAUGGCUGACAAAAUUACAAUUGAAUAUACACAAUGUCUUUGCAUGUCUUGGUAAGCCAUGAACACACAGAUCAUCCCCACUUCACUCCUCCUCACUACUGAGCAAGAGCAAGAAAUUAGGAUCUUUGGCUUAGCAGAGCAUAUGAAGGCUUAUUCUUAGCUUACUAGUUAUAGUCUGUUUGAACGAAACAAACUAUGAUCCUCAUUUCACAAGAAAUACUAAGUUAAAAGUUGUAGUUUAUUGCUCUUCAUACUAACAGGGAUGAGUGAAAUGGGAGUGAACUUUGCAUUCACAGUAAAUUAUCAGCCAUGGCUUACCUGUAAUGACCAUGAGUGUUGAUUCAUACCUAUGCAAACAGUCUGCAUUAUCAGUAUAUGUCUUCUUAUAUUUCAGGUCUACCUAAAAGCGCCUAUGAUUCUUAAUGGUGUUUGUGUUAUUUGGAAAGGCUGGAUAGAUCUCCAAAGACUGGAUGGCAUGGGCUGCUUAGAAUUUGAUGAAGAACGGGCACAGGUAAAGUAGGGAGCUUCAAACUUCUCAAAUCUCAGUUAUAUUAGAUGUGAAGCAAAAUUUGUAAUUUUGGUAUGCAGUACUUUAUAACUUUGGAUGGGGAAAUUGUAUAAUGAGAAAUUGAAAGCAUAAGCAGGAUCACUGUUUGGAUUUAGUUGUUGCAUCUUCAAUCACAUAUGAUCAGCAUAUUUCAGUCUGCCUUUUGGUCCAAGGAAGAAGUCUCCCCACUCUCCACUGUUUUCCUUCAAAGAAAAGAAGAUAGUAGAGAGUAGAAAAACUUCUGUUGUGUUCUUUCAGUUUCCCUUGUUCUUUCUAGGAGGUCUGCCUUUGGUCUUAACUUCUUUAUCUUUUCCCCUUUGCGUUUCUGAACUUCCUUGUCCAUAAUUUAAAAUGCAUGCAAACCCUGUGCUUUCUAGUUCCAUAGCCAUCCUGCUUAUUCUGUAGUUAAAUGGAAGGAAAACUGAAGCUUGCUUAUACCUACUUGGGUAGCAGUAGGUUCACUUGCACUUGGGGCAUUGAAUUCAUUAAGAAACCCUGACAAUUCGGCAACAUAAAGCCUCUUAUUGACCUAGACCUUGUAUUAGGCUUUUAUUUGAUGCUUCCAUCUCAUUCUCUUUUCUCAACUUUGGCCCUCCACCACCUCUUUUUCCUAUAGUUCUGUACCUAAUCCAUGCAUAUUUUAUCCAGGCCACUCCUUCUUUUGUCUAUGACCUAGUUUUCACAACUAACCUAGCACGCCUGACUCCUCACCUCCUCUGUCUUUUCAUCCCAUGAAAUGCUAGAAACUGAAACAGUGGCAGAUGCAAGGCUCACAGGUGACAAUAAGUAGUUUUCUUAAUAGAAAAAUAAUUGUCUUUGAAUAUAAUUACAUGGGAAGAGCCUGCUGGACCAUGUAGUUUGGCAUCCUGAUGCCCAUGGGAAACCCACAAGGCAGAUUUGAGCACAGGACACUCUUCCCUCCUGUGGUUUCCAGCAAGGGAUUUUUAGAAGCAUUGCUACCUCCAACUGCAGAAGCAGAGGAUACCCAUCAUGGCUAGUAGCAGUCAGUAGCCCUCUCCUCCAUAAAUUUGUCUAAUCCUCUUUUGAAGCCAUCUAAGUUGAUCGCCAUAGUUGAACAAUGCAUGGUAUGAAGUAGCACUUCCUUUUUUCUGUCCUGAAUCUUCCAGCAACCAGCUUCAUGGGAUGUCCAUGAGUUCUAGUGAUAUAAGAGAGGGAGAAUUUUUUUUCUGUAACCACUUUCUCCAUAUGGCACCCUAUUUUAUAUCAUCUUGCCUCUUCUCAAUGAAAUGAAAAAGUCCCAAACGCUGCAACCUUUCCUCACAGGGGAGUCACUUCACCCCCUUGAUUGUUUUGGGUACCCUUUUCUGAACCUUUUUCCAACUCUACAAUAUCUUUUUUCAAGUAAAGUGAUCAGAACUAUACCCCAGUAUUCCAAAUCUGUUCACACCCUAGAUUUACAUAAUGUCAUUAUGAUGUCCUCAGUUUGGAUUUAAUUACUAAUUAAAAUAUUUGUGCAGUUCACAUCUAUUUCACAUAAAAGUCAUAAAACAGCUUCUACCUGUGAAAUGAAUUCUUUUCUUAGAAAAAGAGGGCUUUUAUUUAAUUAUGGCCUUUUAUUGAACAUCCUGCUUUCAGCUGUUUGGGUCUUGCUUCUCUAUUAAAAGAUAUUGAUUUUUUAAAAAAAAAAUCAGAUCCCUGAAAGACCUUGUAUUAUGCUGUUCCAACAUAAAAAUUGCCAAGGAGAGAUGGAGCUGCUACUUAAAAAUAGACCUUAAUGAAAAAUUUGCACAUUGCCCUUUAGUGCAUGCUGCUUGGGCCUAAGCUGAUGUUUAUUGAUUGACAGAUGUUUGUAUUAAAACUAAGCAAGGCCACAGGGGGAACUCUUCCACAUCAUUUCACAAAAUAGCUUUAGGGUGCAGGAAGUGCCCUAGGCAAAAAAGGCAAUUUGACAUUCUCUCACUACAGACAUUUUAUUUUAAAAUUUAAUGUACUUAGUCCCUUGGUAUAUUAAAAUGUAGCUGGAUUCUCUGGAGCAGGACUUAUUUAACCUGCACAUUUUUGCAAAGCCACACUAUUAAAGGAAAAUCAUCAUGCUGAAUGUAGCAUUCUGUACUUUGACAAAUGUAGUUUAAAAGUUUUGAUUAUUUAAAAAAAAAAACUAUUACAAGAGACAAGAUGAAGAAGAAAGAGUGUAAUUCUGCCUGGAAAAAGUGCAAGAGAAUUUCACUUUAUUGCAUAUUGUUAGACAAGUAGUUCUUUAAUAUAGGUCAAUUAGUUUGUGGGGAGGACCAAAAAAAGAAACUUGAACAACCUCGCUGCAACUAUUAGAAAUAAGUGUUCUGAAGAACAUUUAGAAAUGUCUUUAAAUUUUAAAACUUGGUGGAAAAUAAUGUAACUUUGGUGUAUGAUAUUUCUAGACUUACUCUUUUUGUAUUCUGAUUUGCAUAUUAUAUUGCAAUUCAUAUUUAAGUACAUCAUGCUAACAUGUUUUCAGAGUCCAAUAUCUUUUAGUGGGUCUUAGUUAUCACCUUUUGUCAUAUUACAACAUUUACCUAACAUAGCUAUCUAUCUAUCUAAAGAAGGUGCUAUCCUCUGCUCACAUGCAGAAGAUUCACAUAGAGCUUCUUGGUUGCCUCUCUUAAUGCUGCUUUGGUGACAUAGGCCCUUCCUAACACCCUCUCCCUCAGUGACCUCUUUAUGGCACAGCCUUUUUCCUCAGCUGGCAUAUUGCCAGUGCACGCACUGUCUUGUCCUGUUUCCUGUUUUCAGGAUGAGCAGGACACCAUGUCCUCUUCUUCCUUCCCUCUCUAAUGAUAUGGUAUGGGUGCUCUGAGAAAAAGCACAGGGCUCUCUCUAGUCAUCUGAACAGGAGUCUCUAUGGUUCUGAGUCAAUGUGAGGAGAGGAAAAACACUAGGACUAUCCAGCAGACCCUUCCUGUGCAAUUUCAGCUAACCAUGAAGCAUUGGGAAAUGCCUGCUCCUGCUGGCCAGCAGCAACACCAGCAGACUUCCAGCAGCAGAGCCAUUGCUUCCAACUGGUCUGAGGAAGGGUGGUUUUCCCUUUGUACUCAGACAGGGAGAAGGGGGAGCUGUUGACUGAUGACGAUGUAACAGCACCUGCUGCUCCUCCUUUCCCGUUUUCUGCUGAGGCUUUCAGUACUCUCUGUAAUGCCCAUAAAACUUUGAAGAUUUCUCUACCCAAGCAUUUUUUGGGGGGGAGGCUGAGGAGGAGGAAGUAUUUGAAGUGAGGGCUACCCCUGAUGUCUAGCCAAAUGUCCUUUUUCCUUCCAGUUUUAAGAAGACCAUUUCUAUAGGAGUGGGCCAAACCUAAUGGGGUGCGCUAUUGGGCUUGGCUCCUAAGAGGCUUUGCUCCUUGCCAGUGUGGUGUAGUGGUUAAGAGCGGUAGUCUCGUAAUCUGGGGAACCGGGUUUGCGUCUCCACUCCUCCACAUGCAGCUGCUGGGUGACCUUGGGCUAGUCACACCUCUUUGAAGUCUCUCAGCCCCACUCACCUCACAGAGUGUUUGUUGUGGGGGAGGAAGGGAAAGGAGAAUGUUAGCCGCUUUGAGACUCCUUAAAGGGAGCGAAAGGCAGGAUAUCAAAUCCAAACUCUUCUAUAUAUUUUUUUUUUUUAAAGCAAUUUAUUGGGUUUUACAAUAGGAAUAAAUGUAAUAAACAAUAUAGCAUUCGUCUUAACAUAAUUUCACAUUUUCUUUGGACUUCCUCACAUCUCCCGCUCCCACCUUCAUCAUUAUAACAUUUUGUCAGCAAUUUAUCAUCUUAUUUAAAUUCUUAUAUCUCUUCGAUAUUUCAUAAUCUUAAAGUUCUCAUAAAGAGUUAAACUUUCACAACUUUUCUUGUUUCCUUAAAAAUUUCUAAGUUAAGUGGUGCUCAGUUAUUUAGUCCAGCAUCUUAUUCAGCAUUCAAUCAAAUCACAAUGUUUUUGUAGGUAGUUCUUAAAUUUCUUCCAGUCCUCCUCGAUUCUCUCUUCUCCCAGGUCACGGAUUCUGCCAGUCAUUUCAGCCAGUUGCAUAUAGUCUAUCAGUUGCAUCUGCCAUUCUUCCAGUGUCCAAACUCUUCUAUAUAGCAUGGCAAAGUUCAAGGUUUCUUUGGUAGAUGCCCCAUUUCCCCUAUUACUUCUGGCCUGGUGGCUGCCAGAGACAUAGGUAUGAUUUCCCCAAGAAUGUAGUGGAUAGGUGUCCUGAAGUCUUUCACCAUAGGGCACAUGAGGUCAUGCCUCUGGUAGUGAGGGGCAUUGCCGCUUCUUCUGUGGUGGCAUGGUGGGCUUCCUUUUCACUCCUUGAGGAGGUACCCUGUGGUUGCCAUAAUCUCUGCCAGGGUCUUCAUAAACCAAAGAAAGAUUUUGCCUUUAUGAUGGAUGUGGGGCUGGAUGCCAUGCAGUUUGCCACCAGGGCUAUGGCUACUGAUGUGGCCAUUGGGAGUCACCUGUGGCUCAAGACCUGGAAUGUUGAUGCAAUAUCCAAAACUAAUCUGGCAACUGGGCAUUUCUUGAGGGAGGGAAUAUGUGGGGAUCCUCUGGAGGAAUAUCUGAUGGAGACCAAGAACAAGAAGACACUAUCUUCAGGGUCUAAGGAGGAGGAGGAGGAGGAGGAGAGAUGUCACUUAGAGCAAAUCUUUUUGCCCCUUUUGGGUGCUUAUGGUCCCAAAAAAAAUAGCAGGAGCCAGUGGUACCAGUGCAGGGAGCAGGGAGAGGCAGAGAUUUUCCUCUUCGUGAUUCUGCAUGAUUAGUAGCUCAUCUCUUUAGGUGGUCUUGUUGCUCCGUUUCUUUAAAAUAAAGUCACCUAAAUCCAGUGGUUGCCCUUAUGGUGUGGCAAAGCUGCCCUCCCAAUAGUAGCAUUAAUAGGAUAGGACUGCACAGGUACACCAACAGAGCCACUGCAGUGCUCAUGCUGGUGUGCUCAUGCAGUCUUCAUCUCACCAAAGUCUGCCCCAUAUAGAUAAGCUAUGUCAGUGUUGGGAGGGCCAUGCCACAGCCCACUACUGCCUAAAUGAUGUCUAGAGGUGAGCAAUUGGAGAGGUCUUCCCCCCAAAUCAGUGUAAAGGUGCUUCUUGUGUGACCCUGUACUUUUGGUUGGUAGCAGGAAGAUGCAUUGGCACAGCAGGCUUUUGAAGAAGCUCGGAGAAGAACUCGUGAAUUCGAGGACAGAGACAGGUCUCAUCGGGAAGAAAUGGAGGUGAGAGUUUCACAGCUGCUGUCAGUUACUGGUUAGUACUCUACCAAAAAUCUAGAUUUUUUUUCUCAAUAAACUACUGCCUGGAGCAUGUUGCUAAAAUCUUAUGUUUUAUUUUGAUGUUGUCAUUUUAAUGAAUCCUGUUUGGGUUGAAAGCAUUAUAUUAGUACAUUAAGGGUACAAAUUCUUCAAUCAGUGCAAUUUUGCCACUUGAAAGUACAUAGCUGCUGAUCUUAGAAUCCCUAAAGUUAAAACAAAUUUUAAUUUAAAAUGAUCUAAUCCAGCAUUGUUAACUUUCACCUCUUGGACAAAGUAAUUCAGACUGUGUGCCCUAUUUCUGCAUAUGCCACAGUAGUUACUACAUAUGAUAGAAUUUUGCAUUGAAUUAUGUAUGUACAUUGUUAAAUAAAGAACCAAAGUUUGUCCUAUCAAUGGUACAGUAGACUGGCAGAUUUAUUUUUUUAUAGAGCAAUGGGGAAAAAGAGGCAAAUGUGGUACAUAUCUGUUGGGCAGUAUACACAUAUACGGGACGUGGGUGGCGCAGGGACGCAGGUGGUGCUGUGGGUUAAACCACAGAGCCUAGGACUUGCCAAUCAGAAGGUCGGCGGUUUGAAUCCCCGUGACAGGAUGAGCUCCCAUUGCUCGGUCCCUGCUCCUGCCAACCUAGCAGUUUGAAAGUACGUCACAGUGCAAGUAGAUAAAUAGGUACCGCUCCGGCAGGAAGGUAAACGGCAUUUCCGUGCACUGCUCUGGUUCGCCAGAAGCGGCUUAGUCAUGCUGGCCACAUGACCCGGAAGCUGUAUGCCAGCUCCCUCAGCCAAUAAAGCGAGAUGAGCGCCAGAACCCCAGAGUCGGCCACGACUGGACCUAAUGGUCAGGGGUCCCUUUACCUUUACCUUUAUACACAUAUACAUACAUACAUACAUACUUGGGAAGUAAUACUUGUUUAAAAAUACUUCAAAACCAAUUUAAAUAUUCUUCCCCUUGUUCAUUUCCCCCCAACUUUAAUACAUUUUUAGAAGUAGUCUUGAUCAUGGAGUAAAUGAAAAGAUUAUCUUGGCUAGCUUCAGCAUUGCUUCUAUUUUCAUAGAGGGAAGAUAUAGAAAAGUUUCUUUUAAAAAAUCAAACCAUGAAACACUGCUUUUUUCACAUACAUAUACAAAGUAGACCACUUAAAGUCUGGAACGAUGAAGAUUGAAAGUUUCAUUGUUAUAAAUCAUACCUUGAGCUGCUGCAAAGUCUGCAUGUAUAUAUAUAUAUAUAUUUAAAUCAUGCAUCGUUUAAAUGUCUUUAAUAGAUACCACAUUUGAGUUCAGUGAAGACAGAGAAACCCUUGCAAUACUUUGUCUGCCCCUACCAAAAGAGAGGCGCCAGCCCUUGGGAAGCAUUCAGCCAAACCUUAGCAGCAUAUGAAAAUGAUCAGAUUUUAUUCUUUAUUUAUACAGCUUUCUUUCCUAGAAAAGAUGUUCCUUUAUUUUAUAACAUGCUGUGCAGCAUUUUUUUAACUAUUAAGAAGCCAGUAGAUUAUUACAUCUGCAAAGAAAUCCAACAAAAAAUUCUUACUGAAUCAUUCAAACAUAAUCAGUCACAUUUUGAAUUUUAUUUUAUUUUAAAGGAUAAAUCAGCUGAACUGUUCUGGAUUUAUUAGAGCUACUAUUGUUGAUUACCACUUUAAGAAACUGCAAAAACAUUUUUUUAUAAUCUUGCGUAAGUGGAAGAUUUCACAAAUAAAAUUAUAAGAGCAUGUUCAAAUAACAUUUGUAUAAAAUAGCAAGUCAAUUUUUAAAAAAAUACAAGACUGACAUGUGCUUACUUGAAAGGAGAAAAUAGAUGUACAACACAAAUAAUAUGGAAACAAGUUAUGGCACAUGGCUUGAAACAGUAUUUGAAAAAUGUUUUCUAAUUACAGCAGCCAAUUAAAGUUUUUUUUCCCGAGCAAAUAAGUUAUAUUAGUUAUUGAUUAAGUUUACACAUCUGUGUUAAAUGAAGCUGAGAUUUUUUUCAGCCGCUGAAUUCUGCUGUUGGUACCUAUUCUGCUGCUUUUCUGCCCUUUCAAAGAAUUGCAUAAUACGCCAACCUAAACAAAGUCCAACAUUUCUGGAACUGCAGGGCAAACUAAAAUUUUAUGCUAAACAGCUCAUCCAGCAGCCUUCAGUCUCUGUAGCAGGGAUUGAGAGUUGAACUAAAAGUACUUUGCAUAUCUCUCUGUCUCUGCUUAUGGACAAGCCUGCACAAAAUAAGCAUAUUUGCAUACAUCUGCUUAAUAUGCAAAUUUUAUAUAAGCCAUUGAAAUGAGUUUUUCAUGGUACAGAAUAAAGAAUAUUAGGCCCUUAUGCUAUUUGAUAGCUGUUCUUUAUGACAGAAGGUUGACAGUUUGAGAGCAGGAAGGAUGAUAAAAAUAAAUGACAAAAUCAUUUUCAGCAAAGCAUCUUUGAUUCUUUGCUGGUCAUGCUUCAAUAAGCAUAAUAUGGCAAAAUGUCCAAAUCAGUUCAGACAAGAACAUUACAAAUGCUCUGUUUACUGUAUAUACUUUUGGCUGACGUCAUGGACAGGCGAUUUCCCAGUGUAUUUGUUAAUAUUGUGGUAGCACUCUCCUACCCCAGCAUAGAGGGAAUCUGACAAAAAGUUGUUUUCUGUUGUUGAAAGACAGUAAAUGUGCUAAAGUUGCCAAACUCUUUUCCUAUCCUAAUGUUUUGUAUAAUUUUAGUAAAAACAACCAAAAUAACAGUCAAAGCUUUAAAGGCGUACCUAUUUAACAAAUGUAUGUUAAAUUAAAUGUUCUAAUUAUCACUAGCUGCAAUUUAUUUUGCAUAUAACUGCCAACUAAGAUUUCACUUCAUGCUUCUGAUAAAGCAGGCUUCAGUCCACAAAAGCUUAUGCCAGAACUGUCUUCAAGAUGUCACAAGAAUCCUAGAAACAAACCCCUCUGAAUUAUUAAAAAACAACAACCCAGAGUUUUGCAGAUAAAAGUAGCUGUAGAAAUAGAAUUCAAAAUGGCUCAGAUGAUGCUUUUCAUUGGACCAGUUGUGUCUAGGAGAGGAGGAAAGCAAGCUUUCAACAUGCAGCCUGGAGGCAUCAGAAAGAAGAACGCAAUCCAGAGUAUGAAUAUAAGAAAUAAAUAUGUCUUACCCCUUGAUGGAUUUUUGAAUGGAGAGAUUGAGAAGCUGGCAUCUAACAUCAGAAUACAUGGUGAUGGAAACAUUACUUUGCAUGCUUUAAAAUACUGAAAUUACCAGUUGGCCAUUUCCUUUAAUAAGGAAACUUUAUCACAACAUGAAAUUGUAGCUGAAAAUUGAAUCCUAGCCACCUAAUACUUUUUCCAGUUUCGCUCGUAUCAUAUCUUUAUGUCUGUGAAAGGCAGCUAAAUAUCCUACCUUUCUUAUGGGUUUUUCCCACUAGGAUAAAAUGUACUUUCACUAGAGAAAGUAUUGUUUCAUGUGUGGUGGAGAUGCUAUAAAUAUAUAAUUACUAUUGAUCACUGUCAGUCACUGUCUCGCUGAUGCUCAGCCUCUUUCUAACCUGCAUUGACUGGAAGAAGUUGCUUAUAUUACAAUAUUGCUUGACUUGCAAAAUUGAUCUGCAUGAUACCACACUCAGCAUUGAUUUUGGACAAAAUGUAAAAGGGUUUCUUAGUAUGGCAUUCAGUUGCACUUUUUAUGUAUACCAUUUGCUGCUAGAUAACAUUUUUACAGUGCAAUCCUGUGUGUGCUUACUCAGAAGUAAGUUCCAAUAUGUUCAGUGGGGCUUACUCCUAGGAAAGUUGGAUUGCAGCCAUAAACAAAUAAGGCUGUGCUAUUCUGUUGCCAUAAUGUAUGAGAGAAAGUGAACCUUGAUUCUGCUUAAGUAACACAGAAGUUUAUUUUCCCCCAAAGCAUUUCAGUAACAAAACAAAAAUGCUUUUGUUUUGAAAUGCUGAUACAUGUGACUUAAUACUGUAUAUCUGUAAAUAUUUUAUUUUGCAUUUUUAAAGAAAUGCCAAAUUGAAAUUUACUGUGAUACAAUUCAAGUUAUUUGACAUUGCAGUAUGUAUCUGCCAUCACCAUCACAUUCCAGUGCUUGAAUACCCUUAGCAAAAUGGUUGUCGCCACUGUCUAUUGUCUUUCCCACUGCAUUUUGAAAAAAGUUUCCUUAUCUGAACUACCUUUUCAUUCAGUUUUUCUUUGCCAUUUGUGAAACAGCAUGAAAAACGUGCUUCUUACACAAAAAGCUGUGUUUGGUGUCAAUUGAAAAUGAAUGACCCUUACAAUGAAAGUCACUAUUUUUUCCUUUUAAGUAGUGAUUUAUAUCCAGGGUACACUCUUCAUAUCUCUCGUGGAUAACGAAAGGUCAUAUAAAAAGCAGCUCUUAGCCUCACAUCAUCUACUUCUAGUACAGAUUUGGACAUUUCCCCACAUCAGGUGGGGCAAUGACAUUUAUGUACAAAUUGAGAGAACAGAUUUGAAUUUUCUGUGGUUUCGCAGAGAAUUCUGGAUUAUACUUGGUUUGUAAAGCCACACACAUUAAAAGAAGCACAAGAAGCUAAGGAACUCCAGUAAGAGCACCUUAAAUUGUGUCUCUCUGGUAGCUGCCUGCCUAAUCUGCCUGUACCAUCUGCAGCAGUUGCCAUGAACUGGGUCAUUGGGACUUCUUUGUUCAUGCUGAAAAUUGAUUAACAGUACAAACUAGGUGCAGUUGCUAAGGUUGAAUUUCAUACACUCAGACCAUGAAACAAAGAACUGUCUGUAAAACACUGUUUAUUUAGCAUAACAGAACUAAAGCUUGAUUUGUAUGUAUGGAAUCUUGCCUUAUUUAUUUGCUUUGCUAACUUGAAUUGCUUAAACAGUUAAUUUAUAAUUUUUCAUUUUGAGGUAGCCAAGACAAUAAUAUGCAGGUUGAGAGUUAAUUUAACUAAAAAUCAUUUUACAAUUUCUGACACAUUCAGGACCCCACAAGACAACUCCCCUGGUUCCGGCCAAUGUCUAAUCAUAACUAGAUGCCUAUGAUGGUCUUUGUGCUUUUACUAAUGUACAUUUUUGAGUUUGGCUAACAGGCACGAUCUAGCAAGAGUAGAACCCUUUUUUUAGUUCAACUUACGUUACAGUGAUGUGUUUUAAUGGCCUCUACAUUGUACUGCCUCUCUCUUCCCCACUUCUUCCCUUCUUUUUUUCUUUAUUCUUUUUUCUAAAUACUGAGGACCAAUUGAUAUAUAAUAAUUACCAAGGCCUGUCCCAAGGUAUUUUUUCCCUUAGGAAACUGCCAGUAAAACUUGAUUCCAUGGUAUGAUGCAUUCCACCAGAUCGGGGUUCUCAGCUUCUUAAACACUGAGAACCAAAUAGUGCAAUGAAGUAAUACGUUACAAGAAAAAUAUAUCUGCCUAUAUCAAUCUGAAGUUCUGUCAGGUAGUACUAAUAUAGAGGUGUUUGCUUUUUUGAAGAAAAAACAUUAAUAUGAUACACAAACAUGUUAUCUUGGUUUUCAGCACAGUCUUGGGCUACAGAAAAGGUCCGGGGCGAGAUUUCCUAAGGGAAGGGUACUUUAGGAUUCAGAUGGGCAAUGAAGACCACCAAAGUUGCUCCUUAACAGGUUUUUCAUUAACAGGAUGAGGAAAAUAAAGAACAAAGCAUGAGGAAACAGACAAAAUCUUAUUGUCCCUUCUAUUGCCAGAGAAUCAUUUCCCUUCUUCUGGUGGCAACUGGUCAAACUCCUUAUAGGCAAUUUGUGCAGCAUCAGUGUUGACAACUGUCUUCACUGAGAUUUCCACUGGCCCUUGGUGGGCUUGGGCCUGAUAUAAACACUUGAGCACUUGUUCUUGGGGUCAGCUUCCCAAGACCUUGUCUAUGAUUAUCUGGCAAGGCCAGAGGAAUAGUCAUAACAAACAGCAGACGCCGCUUUUCUUUACCAACAAAGAGUGCAACUGUUAGAAGGAGAGAUUUGCAGCUCCUUGUAGCAUACAGGAAAAAAAUGCUGCGACUGAUUUCAUUUUGAGGCUCUUUCGUAUAAAAAUAUGAUAUCCAACUGUGGCAUCCCACCUGCACAGCAAGCUUCUGCUUUUGCAAAAGGUGCUUCCUUUUUCUCUUCUCCCUCCUUCAGCUUCCAGUCUGCCCCUAAAAUCUAUUUCAGCAGGUUGGGGAAUCCUCCAGAGCAGAUGUGGGGUGGGGAGAGGAGUUGCACCUUUCACCUUCGUUGCAUAUCUUUAGGCGCCAUGCAAAAGCAGUCCUCCCAGGCCUUUGGCUAACUGGGGGAGUAUUGUUUUUAUUUGUUACUAUGUUAUGUAUUUUUGUUUUUAUAUCGUAAACUGGUCUGUGAUUCUCAAAUGAAGAGUGGUAGAGAAAUAUUAUUGUUAUUUCUAGUUUUGCUUAAUGAUGUUUGCUUAACUUUUUAAAUGAAAUUCAUUUUUUCAAUGAAAGCAGGUUGUUAGAAAUGUCACUUGCCAUUUAAUAAAUGCAUCCUUAGUGCUGUUUUUAAGUUUUUGUCAAUUUCCUCUUUUUUUCUUUCUGAACAGAAUCAAUACUAGCCCAGGUCAGACAUAAGGGGAACCACUGGUUUCCCCUCUAUGACUGAACUGGGCCACUGUUUCCUUCAUGAUUUAUAAAUUCUUGUCUCAGCAAAGCCAAAAAAUGACUUCUACAGGUUUUCAUAAGGUCUGGUUUUUAUAUUAGAAUAUUUGGAUGAAGGUGAGUACCUGGAAAUGGUCUUUAUGCCCCCACUAAAAAGAAAAGUACAAUUUCCAUCCCUGUGGCGUAUGUAGAAACUGCUUACAACCGAGUGACAGCAGUGGCAGAGGUGCUUGAUCUUCCCUUUCCUAGGGUUAAGACUGCCACCUCACAUUCUAAUCCUUUUAACAGCUGGGAGAGCCAGCCCUGCUAGCUCUAGGGGGCCCUUUUUGAUUUGAGGAAAAGUGUGCCAUGGCCAUUCUGGGGAAGAGCAUGGGGACAGAGAGGACCAUUUUUGUCAAGUAUUCAUAGUGUUGGUUUAGAAUGAAUAUUGAUAUAUACCAUUUGAAACCAUAUUUUGCUUUAAAAUAUUCAAUACAUUUUAACUCUCUUCCUCCUUUCUCCACCUUUCCAUGUUAAUUCAGGCAAGAAGACAACAAGACCCUAGUCCUGGCUCAACCCUAGGAGGUGGUGAUGAUCUCAAACUGCGUUAAGUGAACAACGGCUGUGUGCCAUAAGUGUGACGCUUAAACUUGGCAAAUGAUGGAAUUAAAAGACCAGAAACUGUGAUAACUGGGUAUAUACUAUAGCCUAUUCCCUGACAUGCGGCAACCAAACUAUCAUGUCCCGCCAUGGUUUGCACUAUGUUUGUGUUGUAUUAUCUGCAUUUCUUUUCUUUAAGCAUGUUGCCAAUGGGGAUUUGAAAUUCUUGUUUCUCUAUGCAAGCUUAUAAUUUUGUUGGCACUAUUUUAGUGACGAAAACAAUUAAUGCAGCUAUAAAAACAAUUCCUCAACUGUAAUAUUCAUUCAUUUCAGAAUAGGUCAAACGUUGCAGAAUAAAGCUUUUUGUGACUUUUUUAAAAAACAAAAACUUUCAAAAUAAUUUUUAUAUGGGCUUUUGGAAGUUUGUUUGUCAUAGUGUUCUUGCUUUUACACAUGCAUUCUUUGUGGUAUUGUCUUUUUAUGCACUUUCUCUUCUCUAACUUUCAACACAUUUUAUUCUUUUUACAUUAUGCAGCCUAGACCAAGUAACAGUGUUGUCAAUUGAUUUGCUGAAUUACAUGUUUAUAAACUUUUUUUAAAAAGCCACACUCCAAUAUACCAUGAAAUAUUGUUAACUUAAAGCUAAUGUUUUAGAUGGCAAAAUGUCUAAAUGAGAUUUUAAUCUGUCCGCACGUUCUGUUUUAGAUUCUGUUCUGCAGUUACUAGUUGUAGUUAAUGUAGUUCAGAUAACCUGCUGAAACUGAUUGGAACUCAUUGCAGUAUGGCUCUUCAGGGACUCUGUAAAAAUCUGAAAUGGGAUACUCCAUCUUUCUGAUUGCAUUUGACAUGAGUCUAUGAUGGCUGAGGGUGAAGCUGAUAUCUUGAAUACAAUCAUGUUGAAAGUAGCUGCUUAACUCUUUUUGUAUCCUAUUCUUUAGCUUAGAUUAAAAUACGAAUUGAGACAUUUGAAUUGUAUGCAAAACAGUCUCAUAUUGGCCCAAAGUUGCCUUUGGUGUGUUUUUUUGUUACUUAACAAUUUUGUUAUGAUACUUUCCAGUAGCGUAAGAUUUGGAGAAAAUAAUUAUUAAGGAUUGUUCACUUUUGCACUUCAGUCCCUGCUUUUUUCUAUUAUAUUACUCAAGAGUACUGUUUACCAAAUCUUGUGUCAAACCAGUUUUGUUUCUCCAUUUGUUAUAUGGCGUGAACAUCAAUCUAAUCUAAAUUAUCAUUUUAGGCUUUAAACCACAACAUUCAUUUUCUGUGUUAAUAUGAGUAGAAUGCAACAUUCCUUGUCAAUGCUGGUAGUUGAACUUAUAACAAUUACAAAUAUCUGAACAACUUCCCUGGAUAUGACAACUCUGAAUCUUUUUUUAAUACUCUUUAACAGUCAUCCAUAGGUACUGUCCCAAACAGAUCUAUUAAAUAGAAAUAUGUUGCUCAUGUUAAUAUUUUUUCCAUGCACAUUUUCCUCAUCUAGUGAAGAAAGAAUGGUCCAAAAAGUAGUUUUCUGUUGCUGUUCCAUUUUUGUCAGUGAUGUUCCUUUCCUUUGUAUUUCAAAUAGUACGGUGUUUCCUGAUUACUUCUGAUAGUAGUUUCAAAUCAUGAGUACACAAAUUAUACUAUUGCAUAUAAACCUUUGCUGUCUGUGUGUAAAUAACCUUCUCCCCCUAUUAUCUAGAAUUUGGCUACUUAAUGGCCAAGUUUGAAUGAUCAUAUCUCAGCUUAAUAGCCCAAUAUAAAAAUAGAUGUUUUGCUCAUGCACACAGCCCCUCUGCUACUCUAACUAAUGAUAGUUACAGGUUUCCUGGUUUUACUACCUGCAUCAUCAAGGGAGGAACAAAGGUGCUGUGUGCCCAGGCAAUAGACUCAUUCACAUAUUGGCUUAUUGAGCCAAGAUACAGUUGUCCAAACUGGGCCACUAUGUCUUAAUGCUGGCAUUAAGAUCACAAGCCCUCUCCCUGUGCUAGCUAGUACAGACCUGCUAAACUUAAAAACUUUAAGUUAUUGAUGCAAUUUGAUAUUUUUUCAUAAUUUCUAUUUAAACAAGAGUUGCAUCAUCUUCAAACUCAUCUCUUUAAGAGUUGCCUUAAGCUUCAAGAUUGCUUUUGCUAUCUUUUUGUGCUAUGUUAACCUUACGUUUAUAAUAAACUUAUGUGAGUG